GGUCUCUCCCGACCUCCCCCUCUGGCAGUUGGGGGCUGUUGUCGCUGGGCGCUCGCCGAGGAGGGAAGAGCGAGGAGUCCGCGGCGGGCGGGCGCGCGAAGAGUGGGGGGAAACGGGGGACGAUUUCGACCGACCGAGCGACUGACUGAGGGAAGAAAGAGAGAAAGAAAGAAAGAAAGAAAGAGGGCCGAGAAGCGGAGGGGAAGAAAGAGACGCCGGACGGACUUCUUUUUUUAUAUAGAUAAAUAAGAAUAAAAUAUUAUUCUUCAUCUGACCCGCCCCCCGUCAGGUUUUGUUGUUGUUGUUGUUGUGGUUGUUGUUGCCCCGCAUGGGAUUAUAGCGGCGGCUGAGGCGGCGGCGGCGGCCCCAUGUUUUCUCCCAGCCAGGAGGAGCACUGCGCGCCCAACAAGGAGCCCGUCAAAUAUGGGGAGCUCGUGGUGCUCGGGUGAGUCGACGCGCGCGCGCACCUCUGUGUCUGUGUGUGUCUCGUGUGGACGCGCGUUCACGUGUGUGCGCGGGUUUCGCGAGGAAUCCCGCCGGUGGUGCCGUUGCGAUGGUGUGUGUGUAUAUGUGUGUGCGGACCCUUGUUUGUUUGUGGCCCCCUCCUCUAUUGUGUGUGUGUGUCUCGUGUGGACGCGCGUUCACGUGUGUGCGCGUGUUUCCUGAGGAAUCCUGCCUGGUGGUCGUGUGUGGGUUUUUUUUUUAAGAGAGAGGCUUGUUUGUGGGGAGACCCCCAUUGUGUAUGUGUGUGUGUGCGUAUGAUAGAAAGGGGGGGUAAAUUCCAGAGGGGGGCGGCUGUCCUUUUUGAGGGGUGGGUGACUCAUUUACUAUGGGGGUGCCUGUUGUGAUUGAUCGGCCUUGUUGAGAGAUUCCCCUCUUGUGAAUUCACAAUGGGUGAAAGUGUGUUGUGUUGUUCUGUUGUGUCGGUGGGGUUUUGUUCAGAGAUUGGGGUCUCUCUCUCUCCUCUUUUUUGAAGGGUGUGUUGAGAAACGGGGGGGGACGUGGUGCUGGAAGUGGGGUGUCCCUUGGUGCCUCCCCUUGGGGGGGGGAGGGAAGCCCUUGGUGUUGGCCUGGGUGUGGGGGUGUUGAUAAAGUGGAGAGAUACUUGGGGGGGGGUCUUGUUUGUCUUGGAGAAAACUGGGGGGGGUCUGUUGGGCGAGGGCUGCUGGCACCCCCACAAGGUUUUUUUGGGGGGGGGAUUGUUCAGAGAAAGUGCCCAGGAGGGGAGCCAGGACCCGUGUGUGUUUGUGUGGAGAAGUAAGUAAUAUAUUGGGCAGGUGAGGUCUUAUUGGGGAUCCCUUUCUCCCCAAUUAAGGGAGAUGAGGAACGUGCAGGGGGGAGGGAAGAGAAGAAGGGUUUCCCCUGGGAAGUGACUCUGGAGUGGGACCCAGACGUGCCCCAUGAGAGAGACCCCUGAAGUGAUGGGGAGCGUUGGGCGUGCAAGGGAGGAUAUGUGUUAAUCUCCUGUGUUCUUUCCCACCCAUCUAUAGCAUAAAAUAGUAGUAAUAUAUCUGUUACUACGACUGUUCGUUUGCUUUGAGAUACAAAUGGAUCUUGGGAAAGGAUGGUUGGAAAAGAUUCUGUUUAGCUCUUGGGGUGAGGUUGCUUUCCCUUGGAAAAUUACAUCUUUCUCCCUACCCCCCCUUAAUUUUUUGGAAGCAGGAAAGCCUCUGGGGGCUGUUGGUGGGAUGGAAAGACAUCUGCCAGGAGUGUGUGUGUGUUCCUUGCGGGGAGAGGAGUUUUGUGUAUCAGCUGGCAGGGAGGAGGUAAAGAGGAGUUUGGUGGCUGGAGGAAGACCCCCUGCAAAGGGAAAGAAGCUAAAGGGGGGUCUAGUCUGUGUGAGAAGUAAUCAGAGGGGGGAGGCAGGAGGAUUAGUGAGUGUGCUUGAGGGGUAGGAGUAGUUUGCAUGUGGGAGGGGUGGAAAGGGUGCAGAGGGAGGGGCAGGCAGGUGCUAGCACGCCUGGGGCCCUGUAUGCUUUGUGCUUGAAGUUAACAGAUAGAGACAGAUCCUAAAGUUGAUUCGUUCAUGUUUGGCUUUAGAAGAGGAGCCCCCAUUCAUUAACAGGGGGGUUGAUCCUCCAGCUGCCUGCUCCUCAUUUUCUCCGUUUACUCCUGGGAUGCAAGGGUGUGGGAGGGUGCACUGUUCAGGAAGAAAACACCCCCAGGAUGAAGUGAGGAGGGGAUUCAAUGGACUUCUUAAACUUUGGCCAAUAAGCAUGGCUUUUGUGCUUUUGCGUGUGUGUUGGGGUUAGGGACUGGUUGUGUGGCCCUACAAUUGUGGGGGGGGGGCUUGCUUUCUGCAGACGUUAGUCACAGCUUGUCAGGAGGACAUGUGCUUUGGUUAAUCCUUGACCCACAGCUUAGUCAGUUCCCUUGGAGCUUGUGUUUGCCUCUGGCCUAAUAUGUAUCUAGGACUGAAUUCCCCCUCCUAUCUUGGCUGAGCCUGCAGGAUUGCCAGGCAUAAUAGCUUGGCUUGUUACAUGGGAGCAGUAGAGCUGAGGGCUGUGUGCUUAGCCCUCUCAGGCAUGCCACUGUUUCAGGGCAAGGGAGAAAGCUAUCAGUGUCGUAAGAUACAGGAGCUGCUUCCAGCUUGGACAGAUCUCAAAGAAAACUUGCAACGUUCCCAAGUAUGCAAUAUGACAGCAGCAGAGAUGGUGACAGACUCUCUUUUUCUAAGUUCGUCACAUACAGAGGAAUGUGCAAAAGGAGAUUAUCCAUCUCUGCACAGAUCCUAGUCUGCAGAUGGCUACUCCCUGCCUUUAUGAUGCUCUUUGUAAUUAAAGGCUUCGUGCCAUCCACUUCCUGACUCCUGGCAGUGUAUUAUUUACUGUGAUAGACAUUGUUUUGUUUCCCCAGAUGCUAUGUGGUGUUGCUGAUGCAUAGUGGAUGGCAGAUGGGGGGGGGAGGGAUAUAUAAGAGAUGGACAACACUCCUCCUUCACUGCCAGUUCAUGGGGAGGGGGUUAUUUGUGUAAUCCGCUUGGUGUUAUGCUUCAGCCCUGCUGUUCUAGCUUGGAGCCUCGCUGCUGAGUGCCACAGAAACUGAUGCUGAACGUAAGGCAUCUAAGCCCAUAUUCACUGAGCCCCAGCGAGCCCUGCAAGUGUGUUUAAUCUCGAUAGCCGAGCGUGCAUAUGAUGUACAGCGGGCAAGUAAACUUGUUUGAUCGAAUAAACAAAGCAUGAAACACUCCGUGAGGCAUAGUCCUCUGCAUGGAAAACCCACCCCGUCUAUGAAAUAAGGCUCUGGAGUACACUCCAGUAAGCAUUAGCUGUUUUUGGACAUAUCCGAAAGGAUACAGGAUCAGUGGGCUUGAAACAAAGCCAGCAGCAGAAAACUGCUCUUACUUUAGCCUUCUGUUCUUGGUAAACCUUUGUAGCCUGUGGUGUGAGUUUCUUAACACUAUUCUGUGUUUGGCAGCACAAGGAAUCUGUCAAAAUCUGGUUACUAAGGAAUGGAUUAUUUUAGCAAUCGCUGUGAAAAUGUAACACGACUUCAAAUACUUGAAAGGCUUGAGAUGUGGCAAAGCUGUUUAUCUCAGCAGUUUCAGGUGGAAAAAUCCAUGUUAAGUUGCUAACAGCAGAGAGUGGUUUACUUGGAGUGGUGGCAUGCUGAAAGCAGAGGGGGAACCUCAGCUGUUCUGUUCAGGUUGUGUCAUUUCUGGAACUCCCAUUUAAUGUCAAAUUCUUAAUUUAAUUAGGUAGGACAGAUUCGUUUUGUGCUGCAGCUGCUUGCUUGGUCACAGCUGGAAUGGAAAGGAAUUAGCUGUUGUGGUUUUUAAUAGUAAUUGAAAGUACAGAGGUGCAGGACACUUUGGUUGCAAUUUGAACUUUGGUUUAGUUUCAAAACGUUUGUUAAGGGAUAUUCUUACUGAUUGCUUUCUAUGAACAAAUGUAUCCUGUAGCUGUAUUUUACUGCAGUGUGAAAUAAUAAAAACAAUGUGUGGCCCCUUUCUCAGUAGUCUGCAGUGUUGGAUUUAGGGGUUUGUGUUGUGUGCCCCCCCCCCCGAAAGCCCACCUCCCCCAGCUGUGUGUUGUGAAGCAUUUGAGAUUUUAAACUAUAUCUACGUAACUGAUACACAAUUUUAAUUAUUUUAUAAAAGUACCAGCCACCAAUAUUAAUAACACUGAUAUUAAAGAAGAUUUAUGCUUUUUACUGAAGCAGUUCUUUAGCUAUGCCAGUGAUACAUCUAAUCCUUUCCUGGCUGGAUUGUAGCAAAACACGUUUUGAAACACAAAGUGCCAUUAGGGCUAGAAUAUCUGGACAACAAAAAUCUGUUGAGCAGAUUGAGGGUGAGGUUUUCUGCUUGAGCCUGAACCAAUUUAUAGUAGUCUAUUUUGGAAAAAGAAGAGGAGAUUUUAAGUUGUUGUUUUACUCGAAACAUCUUCCUCUCUUCUUUUUUCAAGAUGCUUAAUCAUUCAGUACAGUGCUACAAAUAGCAUUUUGCUAUUUUUCCCCCAGAAUUGGAUCAUUAGUAGGAAAUAAUCACAGAACAGCUUGAACAUCUGUUCAGCAUUCUUUAAAAAAAAUACAGAAUAAGUAAUCUUUGUGUAAUCUUAUGCUAUUACCAGUGCCUUAAAAUGAAGAACUCCAGGUAACAAGGUUUUGAAUGAGAUAAUCACAUCCUUGGAGGAUUAGAAAUAACUUGAAUGGUUUGUGGUUUAGAGGUGUUAAUGUAAUCAUAACAGUGCGUCUUGUUGUGACAAUUGCUGAACUGUAGAUAUAGUAAACUGAUCUGUUUAAUAAUAAACAAACAAGCAAAGAAACAAAUAAAACUAGCUAAUUUCCCUUACAUAGCAAAGAAGUAACUUUAAAAAUAUAAGAAGACUGAAGUGAGUCAUUAGUAAUACUAAAUGAAAUAAUUUCGGACCUUCUGUCUGAUUGAGUUAUCUCUACCCUUCAGUGACUGCUUCACAUUCAGACAUGUCUGUAUAGGGAUAGUUCUCUGUACAAAUGCAAACUUGGGAAAAAUUAAUUGUGCUGGAAGAACUGUGCACACUUGCCAAAAAUAGCAUGUUAUUGCUGCUGUAAAUGCAUUUUAAUGACCUUUCCCCAGUAGCCUAGCUUGAAUUCUUUGUAAAUAUAAGUAAUGUGGUAGUAAAUGUGUGGGAAAGGCUUUCUUGUAUACUUUUAUGUGGCUAAUACUGUGAUGAAGAAAAUGCAUGCUCCUGUAAAUUAAGCCAGACCAGUAAAACAACUAGUUGAGAAGGACCAUCUUUGUGAUUUGUAAGAAUAUCCAGCAGAGUUGCCUAUUCCUAAUAUAUAUAAUACAUUGGUCCACUAAUUGGGAAGCAGAGCAGCCUGCCUCAGAUAUGAAACCUAGGAAGUGCAAGAGACUUAGCCAGUCAGCAAGUCUGUAUCCAUGUACUAUAUGUGUGUUCAUGCACGUUUCUAAAACAUAUAUAACUUUGGCUGAAUAGGCACAGGCACCAGUAUCAAUCCCUAGGGAUAGCACUGAACUGUUGAUUUUUUUCCUACUCUGUGUUUCCUGUUUCUUAACCACAGGAGGACUUCUUUUGUUCCAUAACUGUUAAAGUUACUCAGAAGUCUUUUGCAAGGUACUAAGACUUUUAAAAUGCUUCUGACAAAGCACACAGUGUCAGUUGAAUACUUGAUUUUAGUAAGUAUUAAGGAUGGUUGAAUCUGUCCAGUUUGGUUUCUCUCAGUUUCUCAUUUUUCCAAUCUUAAGUUCAGUUAUACACACUUUCACAUCAGUUUGCUUAAAAAAAAAAGUCAUGAAAUUUCACCAGCUUUUUCAUGCAAAUUUGUCAUAAUAUACAUAUGUUUGCAAAGCAAUUGCCCUCCCAAUAAAAUGCCAUUUUAAAAAAUUAUUUUUAAAAUAAUUAAAUGCAUUUUAUGCACACUUUACCUCACUAUAUUUUUGUAUGCAUUACUUGGUUGGAGAACUGCAUUGCAAGAUUUGGAGAAGGAGUGGAAAUUUCAAAGGAUGACUGUUUCAGUUUCUGUAUGGUUUCAGAAUGUGUGAAUUAGGUAGGUUUGCCUUUAAAUGUGGAUCUAUUUCCCCUUGCUUAUCCUUGAGAAGGAUGGAAAAGCAUUUUUAUAAGUACAGGGUGCAAGAAUCAAAAUGGGUGGUGAGUUUAAGAUUGCUGUUUGAGUGUGCAUGCUUAAUUUUACUUCUGGCAUGAUGUUGCUGAUGCAAAGCAAUCUCUGUCCUCAUAUAGUAAUCACUGGUUUAAAGUCAGUAGGAUGUACAGGGGUACCUCUGGUUACGUACUUAAUUCGUUCCGGAGGUCCGUUCUUAACCUGAAACUGAUCUUAACCUGAAGCACCACUUCAGCUAAUGGGGCCUCCUGCUGCUGCCGCGCCGCCGGAGCAUGAUUUCUGUUCUCAACCUGAAGCAAAGUUCUUAACCCGAGGUGCUAUUUCUGGGUUAGCAGAGUCUGUAGCCUGAAGUGUACGUAACCUGAAGCGUAUGUAAUCCGAGGUACCACUGUAUAAGUAACAGAAGCAUGGAAGCCCAGGUUUCUCUGCCGUAAGGGAAGGCAGAAAAGAAGCUCAGGCCUGGACAUCAGCUCCUGAAGUCAGCCUCAAAAUGUUUUGUACCAUUUGUUUGUUUAACAUUUUAAUUGUAAACCACCUUGGGUUCCUCAGCAGAAAGGCAGUAUGUAAAUGCAAUAAAAUAAGUAAGCAGCAACUAAUAGUUUGCCUCUGUAGUAUAUAUAAAUGUUUAAAAUAGACUGCAUACCUUUAGGUGCUUUGCUUUUAGAAAAAGAAAAAGGGAGGGGGAGAGCUAAAGGUACUGAUGGUGGCCUAUUGCUCUGAAAGAGUUCUCAUACUUUGAGGAUACUGAAAUAUUUAGGUGACAAACACACUUUCAAACUGCCAUAGCACUCUGCAUCCUGUCCUCUUCAAAUAAUCAAUUUUUAUGGAAGAUACAGUAUAUUAAAAGGGCACUUGAAAAGCUUCUCCUUAGGAUUGACUUUGUUCCUCAGGUGUAAUACUUUGAUGCAGCGCACAUGUAUUUCAAGGGAUUUAUAAUCUGCCUUAGAGCUACAUUCCAGCUAAAAUGGGAAUUGUUGUGCCCCUGGUUACAUUAGUACAGUGGUACCUCUGGUUAUGAACUUACGGUAUUUUUCGCUCUAUAACACGCACCAGACCAUAACACGCACGUAGUUUUUAGAGGAGGAAAACAAGAAAAAAAAAUAUUCUAAACGAAAUAGUGGAUAUAUGAUUUUUGUGGUUCAUGCUGUGGCCACAGACAUGUGAUCUGACAGUGAGUAGCCCAAUGCAAAAAUCCUGAGGAUCCAUGUGGAUCCAUGCUUUGUAACCACGGAGGAGGGAAGGAAGGGGAACCAUGGAUCCUCUGCUCACGACUGCAGCAGAUCCCCCACGCCACCCGCAGGCAUUCGCUCCAUAACACGCACAGACAUUUCCCCUUACUUUCUAGGAGGAAAAAAGUGAGUGUUAUGGUGCAAAAAAUACGGUAAUUCGUUCCGGAGGUCCGUUCUUAAGUUGAAACGGUUCUUAUCCUGAGGUGCCAUUAGUGAAAGUGCGCCUCCGGCGUGCGACUUCCACUCGCAUCCCGGGGCAAAGUUCUCAACCGGGAGCAACUACUUCCGGGUUAGUGGAGCUCAUAACCCAAAAUGUGCGUAAACAGAAGCGUGCGUAACCAGAGGUACCACUGUACCAGCUAUUCAGUAUCCUGUGCUCAGCCAGCACCAUCUUGCCCACUCCUCCGCCUAAAAUUACAAAGUUAAACAUCAUAAUGGAAGAACUGAAACAUGCCCACUAGAGUCCAGUGCCACUGCACAUUACUGCACAGUCUGCCAGUCAUGCUUGCCAUACCUGGACACAAUCCCUAACACCAGCACCAGUCAGGAUGCCGAAAGAUAAUUCUAUGUUGCUGCUAACACCUCACCUUUUGUUUUCCCUUUCCUCACUGCCUUCUGGACUGCUGUGUUGAAAUUGUUCUUUAACUUGUGUUCUUGUUAUUGCUGAUGUUUUAACUCCCUUUUGGUUGAUAGGCAGGAUACAAAUGUAACGAAGAUGCAAAUAAAUAAAUAAAUAGGUCUUCAGGGGUAAGAAAUAUUCUUAAUUAUUCUUCUCAGCCUGGAGCUGAGAAGCUAUAACAUAUGAAGGUAGACCCAUAAAAGCUUUGCCCAGCUGUGGAUUUUGGAAUUCUUAUUUCUAGUGGAUCGUGGUCUACUUUUGCUAUUUAUGGUUUCUUUUCUUUUCUGUAUGAAGUUUUCUGAAGGAAAAGAAAAUCUAUAUAGUGAAUGAAUAUAAAUGAAUAAGUCUGUAUUGAUGGGUUGGGUUUGUGUGAGUACGUUCAUGAAGAUGCUUGGGAGCAGUAGGUGUUGAUAGAAAUUAGUGUUUUAUUGAACUGUUACACGGUGCAUUUUUACUGACUGGAUAGGUCACUAACAGAGGCAAAGCUCUGUUUUCCUGCAGGUCAAACACCUGUAUUAUCCAACUGAGUUGUCUGUAUUUCGUUUUUAGUUUAUUUCUUUGUUUAGUCCAUUGUUUUCUCCCUAGCAUUUAUUGUACUACUUGCAUCUUUGAUGAAACUCAUUAAAAACACAGGUGUUCUUAUUUUAUUUGUGCAGUGUUGUUACCUAUUCAGUACAUUUGCAUGUAUUCAUACAAGGCAGCCAUGUGAUGAAACCUUGACUGGCUGACUUGACAGUAUGAUGGUUUUAUUCCCGGGUCAGUGGGAGUGCAAUUUUGUGGUGCUGGUAAUGUCCUUCCUAAUAGUAAUAGCUAACUGUUCUCUCUUUUCACCCCCCCCCCCAACACUGAGACAUUCUACUUCCUCUUUGCUUCUGCGAGUCUGAUUAAUUGAUCUGGAAAGAGAACAGAGGCCAUCGAAUCAGUCUCCUGUUUGGUUUCAUCUACCACCUGUGCCCUCCCCCUCCUAAAAAUACCCCCUAUAGUUUGUAUGCCAAAACCAGAAAGCUGGUAUGCUGCAGGAAAGUACUAUUUGGUUGUGGUUUCAAAGACAUUUACACUUAAGGUCUUAGUAAAGAAUGCAGAUACUUCAGAUAUGCUGACUAGCCGCACUUCCUGUCUCUCCCCCAUCUGCAGUGACAAAAUAUUCAGUCUACUUGGAUGUUUUGAAAGAGCUCCUCUUCUCCCUGCUCAGGAUUUGCUUCUCAAGUUAUUUAGUUUAAGAAAUAGGGUACAUUUACAUCAGUCAGUCUGAGGAUAGAUGGGAAUUGCAAGACCUCCAGCUGAUUCCAAGAAAAGAAUCUAUGUGUAUGGCAGGACUUUUUGCUCUCAAGGUUCUUUUUGCUCAGAGACAGAUGUAAUAAUAGUAUGUGUGUAUUAUACUUCUGGCAUGACACAAUAAAUUGCUUUUAGAUCAUAAUGCGCCUUGUAAGAAUUUAUCUUUUUUUAAAAAAGUGAGAACUGACCCUGAGCAGACAAAAAUGGUUUAGGUUUUUUCCCCAAGCAUGGUCUGGUUCUUAUUUUCUUUCUUGGGCCCAUAAAUGAAUCUGUCAAUGACUUGCCCUUUUUUACCAGUCCUGUGUCCUAGAAGGGAAAAGUGGGGUCCAUAAUGCAACACCACAGCUUUGAAUUUUUUUUUUUAAUGGUAAUAAGAAUCAUUCUGGGCAUGAUCCCAGAUUUUCUUCUCAGUGGACAUGUAGAGGAUUACAUUGAACUCACUAUGGACUUGCUCCUGGCUAAAUGCAGACUAUACCUUUGUAAAGUUACCUGGAAAAUUAAUUUUAUUUCAAAAACGGAAUUUACUUCAGAGUAAACAUACAUAGAACCAUAGAAUUGUAGAGCUAGAAGGGAUCUGAGGAUCAUCUAGUCCAACCCCCUGCAGUGCAGGAAUCCUGCCCACAGCCAUCCCUGGGUGGGCUUGAACCACCAAUCUUCUGGUUAAGAGCCAGACACACUGACCCAUUGCACCACAGAAGACCAUAGGAUUGUGCUGCACAUGUCUUAUUUGCCUUUGCUUCCUUUGCUGUAGCUUAUCUGAACUUAAAUUGCCAGACUUUUACCCUGAUGUGGCUGCACUAGGGAAAAUAAAUAUUAAAUGAAACAGAGCCUUUUAAAUUUAAACAUUAUUCUAGCAGUUCACUCCUCUUGAACUGUGAUUUAGAAUUUUUGAAGAGAUCUGAGAAUGGAUUUAAACUGAACAUUGCCUCUGGGCAGAAAAUGACAGCAUUGUUUUCACACACACUUGGCUUGAACAGCCUUCUACAAGUUGUAGCCCUGAGGCUGUAUUUUGGAUAGGAGGAGUCCCAGAGGCUUCACUGAAAUUUGCAAUCGGCCCAGCCCGUCUGAAAAGUUCCUUGCAACUCUGUUACACUUAGAUAUUUGUGGACUUCUCCUCUUUAAGUUUAAUUUUAUUACGUAUAGCAAUGGCCUGGUUGGCACACAAUGCUAAGCUAAAGUAUGAUUUAGCAUGAAGGAGCAAGUGAACAGUAAGAAAGUCACAUCCACUUUACUCCUCCCUCAAUCCUCCUGCUGCUGCACAAAGUCAUGGUUUGUUCUUAGCAUUGUAUGUGUUCCAUACUCUGGGUUGCAUCAAAGUAAUGACAAGCUGUAGCCAGGGUUUGUUCUUGGCUUCAAACUUCAAAGUGAGUUUUCCAUUAUUCUUCAGUACAAAUGGGGAUACAGUUGUACCUUGGAUCUCAAACAAAUUGGCUCCUGAACGAUCGAAACCCGGAAGUGAGUGUUCCGGUUUUUGAACGAUUUUCAGAAGCCGAACAUCCGGCGAACUCCCGGAAUGCAUUCUGUUCAAGAACCAAGGUACAACUGUAUUAUAUACUACACCACACAGAUAAGUAUAUACCUUCAAGGCAACUCAUUGGUGAGCUCUUUCCUAACUUGUUGAGAUGCUCAAAGGACCCGAAUGAUUUCUCUGCCUUAUCUUUGAUAGAACUGCAUAAUACAUUUCUACUGCUCUCUUGGUUUAUGCAGUAACUGAGUUAGACAUUACUACUGUAGUAGCUGCCUUGGGCAGCAUUGCAUAUGAGUAGUUGUUCUACCUGAUUUGUGAAUUUAGUAUACACCUCAUUGUACUCCAGAUGUGUGGAACUGAUGUGUGUUUUAAUCUGUAAUUUUAGGUUAUACUUUUAGCACUAUAUCUUAAUCAUUAUGCUUUUUAUUACUUGCUUUUAACAUUGGUUUUCCUGACAUUUCUAAUGCACGUUUUAUGUAAACUGCUUAGAGGUUUUCAUUACAGUUAAGCAGUAUACAAAUUUUGUUAAAUAAACAAAUUGUAGUCACCUACCAAGAAAAGUCAAACUUAGCUGCUGCUUAAGUAAAAUUAAAUAUGAUAGUAAAAUAUGCACUGUAGACCUUUCUGAUAAUGCUAAUCAGCUAGUGACUUCUGAUAACAGCAAACUAUGAGCAUAAAUUUUGCAAUUCAUAUACAUAGUGGAAAGUUUCUCAGCUGUUUUUAAAACCAUGUGGUUGGUUUUUCUUCACUUACCUUGCCAUAGUGAGCCCCCUAAGAGGAAAAAAAGUUUUGUUAGCUUUCAUCUUAAUUCAGCUUAAUUUAGAAAAAAGUUGACAUUCCUUCCUUGCAGGUAGGCAGGCCUUUCCUCCACCCCCAACCCCCUUUAUCUUCCUUUCUGCCAUUGUGUAUGUGGUUUCCUAUGGCGGGGUGUGUAGAUGUGAGAGGGAUGGGAAAGAUGUGCAAGGUGGAUAGAGUGAGACAAGAUAGAGUGGGUCUUCUGGUCUCUGCUACCUAUUUUCCCCUAGGUUUGGGAACUCAUGAGCCGUAACCACAUUAGGUUUCUGGCCUGUUGUCUGUAUUGAAUUACUAAUGCAAUAACUGGAGUAGAAUGUCACACUUUCUCCCUGCUCUGCCUCAAGCCAAAAAGAGCAUAACCUGAGUUUCAUGUUCUGAAAGGAUUUGAGGCUUCCAAAAUGUACUGUAAGAGGAAAGUUUUUCAGCAGACCUAAAAAUUACUGAGUUCGUAUGUUGCUCAUAUAACUUAGUAAGUUUUCCAGGAUUACUUCAGGACAUUUCAUGUCUACUGAUAUAUAAUAAUGCCCAAUAUCUUUAGCUCUCUUCUCGUGUCAAGAGAAAAAUAUGAGGACUCAAAUUGUGUAGGGGGUGCAUAUGCCCUGCCCCGGUGUCCCUGUGGAUGGGGGCCUUAUGUCCUCCUAAUUUACAAAGAACUGAAGAGGAAUUGUUGUCUCCAAACCUCGCUGCCUGCUCCAUGCCUGUCACAUGUAAAGCCGGGUUUGGGGAUGAUUGUAAGAUAACAAUUGGGACUCUCAAAAUGUGCUCUUGAUUGUUCCUUGGCAAGUGAGGAUUGCUGUCAGUGCCAAUGAGACUUGCAGUAAGCUCUGGAGGGAUUUGCUGUGCUACAGGAGUCCUGCUCAGGAACUCCAUAGGGAAGCUGAUCCCUUCCCACAGUGGGGCUUGCUGUAAGCACAAAUAUUCCUUUUUAUCACCAGCUCAAAUUCAAGGAGGUUAUGCAAAAGUGUGGUUUGAGGUGUGCCUGCAUCUGAAAAAAAAAAUGUAUUCUGGCAUCACCUAAUAGAUUGUGGCACUACAUGAUUGACAGGUGGGCGUCCUGUCAAAAUGACCCAUGUUGGGUGGGGCAGGUCAGAUUCCCCCACCUCUGGCUUAGAUCCUCAGGGUGUGAACUCUAGAUUCAGUAGGGGAAGGGGAUUAAAGCCAUGCAUAUGGGCUAAAUAAAUAAUAUUCAGUGUACCUUAGAAGUCCCCCCCCCAUUUUUUCUGUUUUGGUGUCAUCUUUAUUCUUUUUUGCUUCUGAGAGUAAAACCUAGGACUGUGUCUGUCUGUCUGCAUGCCUCUCCAUUUCCUCUGUCUUUCCUCCACCUUAAGGAUUAUGGGCCCUUUUUAGUGGGAAAGAACUUUUAAAGGCAGGUGUACAGAUUGAUACAGUGGUGCCAAGUCCCAGCGUGCAGCUGCUGGAAAUACAGCAGGUGUUUUGAUCAUUUGGCAGGACUUCUGCCUUCUCUAACCCUCCAGCAGUGGCUCCCAUGGUUGUCUUUGCCUCCUGGCGCAAGGCUGAGGUGGCAGCCCUUCCCAGCUUUCUGCUUUAGCAGGAAGGCAGGGAAAGACCUGCUUGCUUAGGAAACUUCCAGACAUGAGUUUAUUGUGGAAUUGUGUGCUUCUGGUGCUUGGAAGUUUUUGCACUGUCCACAGGAUCUCAUAAUCAUCUAAAUGCCAGCCCAUACUUUAUUUAACAGCCAACCCAGCUUUUCCCCUACUGAGGAAAAUUUGACAAGCACAAGGGGUUUUUUCAUCUUCAGAAGCUGCUAGUGUGAAAGCCCAUUAACAUGUUCUGUUUGUUUGUUUGUUUGUUUGUUUGUUUAGGGUGUUUGUUGUGUGUAUUAAUGCUUCGGUGGGUGGCCUUUUUUUGCUACACCCUGCUUCCAUUUAUUCUUCACCUGAACAUAGCCUAGCCAUGGUUUUAUAGUGGCACCAAUCUACAUGAAAUUGGUAGGAGUGGCCAUUAUGAGAUUCAGGGAGAUGUGUCACUAGAGUGCUGAUGAUACUGAGCUCUAUUUCUCUGGAAUAUCUGAAUUGAGAGAAGCCAUGCAAGCCCUGGGCCAGUGGUGGGCUGAAUGAGGGCCAGAUAACAACAGCAGCAGCAACAACAACAACAACACACUUAUUAUUAAUGCCUCCCAUCUGACUGGGCUGUCCUGAACCCUUUCAGAGUAUUUGAGACAGAUUCCUUUUCCAGUAAGAUAAAAACUAUAAAUAAGAAAUAAAGAAUAAUACACAAAACAACCAUGCUGAUUACCCGAUGCUUGUUUUUAAAAUAAAAAGCCAUGUUUGGUAAGAACUAAGGUGCUGGAAGAGGGUGUUUCCACCCCUUUCUGCUCAUUUUUUUGACCCCAAUCAAAAUCAUCCUCAUGCUGUCAUUUGUCUUGUGGGGGUAAAUACUGUUAUCUUUUAAAAGAUGUCCAAAAAUGUUGGCUUAGCUUACUAGGCACUUGUUGUGUUUGGUUGACAUUAAGAAACAGCAGGAGUCUCUCCUUGCUUUGAGGGGGCUCCUGCUGUUUCUCACCAGUUUAAAAACUGUAAUGAAAUGAGGCCUCAAAUAUAGGGAUCUGUGUGGUGUCAGGUGUCCUUCUUCACAGAGAGUGGCUGUGUGGAUGCUUGUCCUUGUUCCUUGGGGCAGAACAGUAGCUGAGGUGUGCGACCUUUGACUCUGAAAACCAUGUUAGGAAAUGGGGAAGUAUUGAACACCUUUCACACAGCACUAUGUCUAAUCAAAUUGGCAACCCCAUUACUGCAUUUCACUAAAAAGAAGUUGGUAGAUCAAAUUCUGGAUCUUUCGUGUAACAUAUAGAUGGAGGUUUUAGGGGUGUAGUUUUGCUUUGCAUUAUAUUUAUUUUCAGGGUCUCUUAUUUUUGUGUGUCUCUUUAAUACAGUGGUACCUCGGGUUAAGUACUUAAUUCGUUCUGGAGUGCCGUUCUUAACUGAAACUGUUCUUAACCUGAAGCACUACUUUAGCUAAUGGGGCCUCCUGCUGCCACCGCACUGCCAGAGCACAAUUUCUGUUCUCAUCCUGAAGCAAAGUUCUUAACCCGAGGUACUAUUUCUGGGUUAGCGGAGUCUGUAACCUGAAGCGUAUGUAACCUGAAGCAUAUGUAACCUGAGGUACCACUGUAGUGGUGUUUUCAUAGGUGUGUUGUUGUUUUUUGCAGUCACAAUCAUUUUGCCCGCACAAGUUUUAAACAUAUAUUUGUAACUAUAAGGGCUAAAAUACUUCUUAAAAAAGAAAGCUGAGAAAUGAAAUACAUUACAUUUCUACCAGUUCUGUAGUCACCAUUUUGUGCUUACACAGAAACAUGGAACAUGUGCUGCAUCUUUUUUUUGUCUCAUGCCAUACAGAGGGUGAGUGAGGGUUUAUUUCCAAGGGCAGAGUUUGAAACUACCAGCAAAGCCCAAAACAAAGGCAAAAUUGUGUUUGUGGACUUAGUAAACCUUUGGGCAUAGUUGGUCUAAGAGAUUACUGUUAAGUCUAAGAAGCAUAUCAUGUGAUGGAAAUUUUUUGAACCCAGUAGCUGUGGAUUUUUUUCUUCUCAAAGUUCAAAGGGGAUUUUUUUUUUUUUGCAAGCCCUCUCAUAAGAAAAGUUAUCACUGCUUUCUAAUCUGUAAGAGUGUGUGAUGCAAUAUUCCUUGGAGCAAAGAAUGGCUGUGUCCUAGUCCAUUAAUGCUUCUGCGGUGCACAGUCAUCUUUUCGGAUACCCUCAGGAAUGAGAGCCGUAUUGUUGAAAGCAACUUGAAAGCACCCUAAAUAGGGAUGAGAAGCUUCUAUUCCAGACAGACUUCUAUUCUUUUUGAAAAGGAGAAAUACAACAGCUGAAGAUUUCUGGAGAUACAAUAUGGAAAAAGUUUCACCGGCUGAAUUUUUGUCUUUUAAAAGCAUAGGGAGCUGGCAACCACAAACUCCCUUGGAUAUUCUUGGCAAUCUAUUAUGUCUGUUUUGCCGCUUCUGCUUUUCCAAAGCUGGGGAGAUCCCUUGCCCACCUUUCACAAUGUGCUGAAGUUUUGAGCUGACAUAAUCUUCUGCAUUUUCUGCAUGCCCAGUGUGGCAUGAGAUUCCCCUGCCCAUAUUCUCUUCGUUUCAUGGGGAAUUGAGGGCAAGGAAUUUGCUUGGCAUCCUGGCCAGAGGCUAUUGCUCUCAGUGAUCAAAUUUGUGGAGGUCUUUUGGGAUUACACAGAUGAUCUGGUGCUUGUAGCACCAGAAAGUGCACCAGUUUUACAGUACUGCUAAGAGCGUGGUGGCGGAAAGGCAGUUGAAGGAACCUUGUUCUUGAAUACAGAAGAAAAAGGGCCUCGAGGCUUGUUCAUUAAACACAAUGAAUAUGUAAUCGUGCUUGUUUUUCAAAGCCCCAGAAAGGCUUGUGGGAGGAAAACUGCUUACAUUGAGGAACAACUCAUUCAAAAAGUGGGUGGGCAGAACAUGGAUUGCAGGCUGAUUUCAGGUUGACUGUCUUUAGCACCUUGCGUCUGGCUAUGGCUAUUGAGGCUUCCUGGUGCUCAGAAUGCUUGCUACCUGCUCUUUCAUGCGCCUUUCUGAGCUACUGAAACAGAUGGGGUGGAGCUCAUUGGCCUAGUGAGGGGUAAAUACAUGAAGUGCCUUUGUGGAGAUUGGCUGAGGAAAUCAGUGCGUCAGUCUAGAGUUGGGGAAGGUAGAGAUGGUUGAUCAUGUAAUAGAUAUGGAGCAACUGCAGAUGGCUAGGAGAUGACAGUGGCAAAAUUCUAGGUGUGCCACACAGAGCUUGAUAAUAUUGUGGUCAGUGCCAUAGGAAACUACCUUCUAUUGGAUUAUAUUAUUUGUUAACUGAGGUUUGAACCUAGGACCUUCUGCAUGCAUAAACCAAGCUCCCUCCCACAGCAAAAAUUAUGGGUCAGGUGGCCUUAAGAGAGUUGUGUUGGGUGGGUGAGUUGUGCAUUUCCUGGGGAAAUGAGCAAGGUGUUCUGAGCCAUCUUGGGUUCCUCUCUACUGCCUGUUUUAUGUGACUUGAAGUGGAGAGCUUCGCAGACGUAUUUGUCCUCUCUUCUCUAUGCUAGAUGAAAAACCUAGAUGAUUUAUCUUUCCAUUGGACACAUUGUAUGAUUUUCAUUUCUAAUGCAAAGAACCAACACGGGUAGCUCACAUUAAUAGCGCCCAGUUGAACUUGAAAUAUUGUUUACCAUAGUAAAGAAUCUCCAACUUUUCUGAAGCUAUUUUAGCUCUGGUGUGUUACUGGAAUAUUCAGUUUUUCCAUCCUGAAUACCCCCCAAGUGUGACUGUAUUUUAUUUACAACAAGUAAUAGCUUUUGCUCAUUAAACUAAAUUACUUUAUACUCAGUAAGAUUGUCCUCUGAAUAUAUAAAUUAACUUACACUUAGUCUUCUAAUUUUAAAAACUUGCUUCUACUUUUUAAAAGUUGUGUUUCAUUAUGUAUUAUAUGUCCUUCUGGAUAGACCCAGAUAUUCUUUCAAUGGUGAGCUUGCUGUGGAAGCACUCUUCCUGCAUUUUGGACUGACCUACAGUUUUUUUGUCAGAUGUAGCUGGAGUGGGAAACUGUUCUUCCUGUUUGGGGCUGAAGAGACUGCACAGUGCAGAUUGUCCAUCACAAUAAGCAGUUAGGAAACCAUCUAUUCCCUCUCACAUUUCCUCAUCCCGUCCUUGAGAUUUCAGAAUGCUGAUUUAAAUGAAUAAAGCUCCCCCCUCCCCAAAUUUGACUGGAUAAAAAUGCUUUGUUCACGGUGGGAGACAAAGUAGACAGCCCUCUCUGCAGCACGAGAAGAGUUGUGAAGCAGUAGCAGCAAUGAAUAUAUACAUAUCCAAAGGAGAAGGUAAGUAAUGCAUCACUUGAGUGUGGCAUUCCUUCUUCCUUUGCGUAAAAGCUUAUAAAAGGGCAAAAAUAAUGAAUUAGGCGUUAGAUCUUCCCUAUAGCAGUGUGAGAAAACUGGGAUAGGAAAGCUGUUUGGCCACAAGGUACCUGGAACCUGGGUUUUGGGUGCCAAAACGGAAUGUUUGCUCAACAUGAAAAGGCACACGUGGAGCCAGGUGGAGAAAUUAGGUAUCAAACCUUGCACCCGGACAUCUCCACAUCCUUCCAAAAGGCCGGUUGCCAGUUGUAAAAUGUGACUGGUGCCUGACCUGUUUAAAAUGCUGCCCUACAGCAACCCAGAACUUAAGUUUUAGUGUUGGACACAAUUUCACACGGCUAACAAGUUUCUUCACCUCAGCAAAUCUAUAGGCAGCAGACACUGUGGCAGUUAAGUCUCCAAGGACUUUCAAGCCCACUCUGAUAUGAAUGGAGGAUGUUUUGAGGUUAUAUAGCAUCAGUGAUUGGUGAUUAUCUGUUGUGUAUAUUCCAUCUGGUAUGCAAAAUGAAGUUGCUGCUUGUGUUUACAGUUGCACAAAUACUUCAUUUACUUAAUUGCUCUUACAAUUAAUACUGCAUUAAUUAGAAUUAAUACUUAGAAAUAAAACAGGGUGGGAAACCUAUCCUUCCCUAAUCUACAGUUCCUGCUAAUAAGGGCUCAGCUGUGCAUGCUACCUUUACUUCCCGACUGAGAUAUAAUAUUGUAAUUAAUGGAAACCGUUAGCUUGAGAAUGGCAUCAGAUAAAACUGAGCAAGGUGGGCUGGUGUUUCCAACCAUAUCAUACUGUCAGGCUUCAAGGUUUUUGUUUUCAACGAGUUGCCUAAAAUGUAGCCUCCUGGGUGCUCAGAUUAGUUUGUGGCUACAGCAGAGCAGUCAGAUAGGGAAACCAAUGGCUUCCUUGGGAGCAGGCACUGAGUUUAAAGACACUUCAUGCAGCCUUUUUAUUUCCACAGGCGCUUAUUAUGAAGAUCUUUUCAUUGUUUUCCAAUCCCUCUAAGAUGUAAACACAGUAAAUAUUGGUGGUGGAGGAGGAAGCGCAAAUGCAAAUCAUGAUGUAAACAUUCCUGGCAGUUAAAUGCAUACCACAAGAUACUGUAUUGCCCAGAAGGUAAUCAGGCUAAGGUUCAGGUUCAACUAAGCUUUGGGGGGAAAUGGUUUAGAGUUGGGGCCGUGAACCUUGAGUGCUCCUUUUUUUGGUAUGCACCAUUUGUAUGUUGCACUCAUAAAGUGAGAGAUUAUAAUCAGGACUGUUCCUCAUCUCACCUUCUGAAGACUCAGUAUAGUCUAGUGAAUGAUACCCCGUAUUUGAAGCUAUGGGAAAAUGUAAUAUGAGGCAGUAAAAGAUCUGUGUCUGAGACCUGCGUGUGACAAGACACUAGAAGCUGGGCGUCUUUUUCCACGGUUUAUACCUGUAACAUUCACAUGCCUGGACUCUGAUGUUUCCCAACUUGCUCGCCCGCCCUUGUGGUUUUGGAUUUCCCUAAGCAGAGAUAAUGAUGAAGGAAUAGAUGACUGACUGUUCAGGCUUCAAGUUUCUUAGGCCUUCAAGUUAAAACCACAGCUUGAAUUGUACCUCAGCAACUAGGAAAGGUGGGUUCAAGUUCCAACCCCUCUCCUAUCUUUUUGUUAUUGUUAAUAUUAUUAAAAUUAUUAUUAAAAACAGCAUAAACUAGAUAAACACCAUCAUGGGCAGUCAUGGUUUAGUAGGAAUGGUGAUCAUCCUCAUCAAAGGGGCCACCAUUGUGUAAUGAUUCCAAAUUAAGGCAGGACACGAGCUUGCUUGUUGGUUCAAUAAUUCCUCUGAAUGGAGCUGCCUUCUAUUUACUAAGUUGUUGUUUGCCGUUGUUGGCAUUUAUUUAUUUAUUUAUUUCACAGAAGUUAUGCACUGCUUGAUUGUAAACAACAACAACCCUCAAAGCAGUUUACAAAGUAGUUUAUUUAUUCAGUUUAGAAGUCGCUUACUGCAUAUAGACUCUCCAAGUCACUUGCACAAUUGUUGUUGUUGUUUAGUCGUUUAGUCGUGUCCGACUCUUCGUGACCCCAUGGACCAGAGCACGCCAGGCACUUCUGUCUUCCGCUGCCUCCCGCAGUUUGGUCAAACUCAUGCUGGUAGCUUCGAGAACACUAUCCAACCAUCUCAUCCUCUGUCGUCCCCUUCUCCUUGUGCCCUCCAUCUUUCCCAACAUCAGGGACUUUUCCAGGGAACUUGCACAAUUAGAGGAAUGUAAAACAACGAAAAAGAACAAUACAAUACCAUAUAGAUGCCCCUUGUUGCGACCUUUGCCCCGGGAUGCUAGCGGAAGUUGCACUCCGGCGGCGCGGCAGCAGAGGGAGGCGCCAUUAGAGAAAGCAUGCCUCAUGUUACGAGCAGUUUCAGAACGGAUUAAGUACAUAACACGAGGUACCACUGUAUUUUACCUGAUACCUGAAGGAUGUUAAUUAUGGUGCGCAAGAGGGGAGCUACAACUGAAAAGGCCCUCUCUCUCUUUUGCCAUCUUCUACACUUCCCUCGGCUGAAGACUAAAGGGCCUUGGUAGGUUCAUAUCAGAAGAUGCAUUUUGGAAUACUGAGCUUUACAAGGUUUUAUAGGUCAAAACCAUCACUUUGGACUGGACCUGAAAAUAGGCAUGCAUCCAGUGCAGCUGUGGCAGGGUCAGUGUUAUAUUUGGCUUGCCUAGAGACUUGGCAGUUGGGUGGUUGCAUUCUGUACUAGCUGCAGUUUCUGGACAGUCUUCAAAGGCAGCCUCACGUAAAGCACCCUGCAGUAAUCCAAUCAUUACGUUACCAUAACACAGAUUACUGCUGUCAGAAAUCCUUACCCAGAUAGUGUUGUAGUUGGGUCAUCAGCCUAAACUGAUGGAAUGUACUUUGUGUCCCCCAGGUAAAAGCAGUGGAUUCAUGUAUUUUAAUCUUUUGUUGGAAGCUGCCCAGAGUGGCUGGGGAAACCCAGCCAGAUGGGCAAGGUAUAAAUAAUAAAUUAUUAUUAUUAUUAUUAUUAUUAUUAUUAUUAUUAUUAUUAUGGAUCCAGGAGGAACCCUAAACUACAGACCCUCUCUGUCAUAGGGCUUGUGACCCCAACUAGAGCAGGCUGAAUAAUAUCAUGGUCAAUGGUAUUGAAAGCUGCUGAGAAUUUGUUUGCUUAUGAUACUCAAACCCUCCCAUUUCCCCCACCCAGUCCAUAACACCAGGGUUUGAAUUAAACAUAGAAUGUUACCAUUUGUGAGCAUGGUUCUUUCUGGUGGCUGCUUGAUUUUCAUGGGAAGAAUCUGAUGCACGUGCCAGUUGCCCUGUCUGGACCGGGUGCACUUUCUGGGUUAAGUGAUGAAAUAGUGACAGCGCAGUGCUGUCACUAUGCAGAAGUGAGUGAAGUUCAGAGUUCUGUGAAGAUACUUCGGACAGCUUCUUGUACUUAGGUCUUCUGCAUGUACUUCCACUAUCAAUGCUGAAAAAUGCAAUGGCACAAUUCAGGCCACCGGGCAAGCAGCACCCACGUGUGAAGGGGGUGAAGGGAGCUUGAGUUUUAUUGGAGAUCUGUUUCCCACACUUGUGUGUAUGCCGACAUCCUGCAGUUGCAUGGGCCAGUGGUGCACUGCCUUGUCUCCAAAGCCUGUGUUCCAGAUCAUUUUGUUUUUAAAAUGUGAAUGCUUAUGAAGGAUGUUGCUGAGACUCUGGCGUUCCUUGUUGAUGUGGAGUGGUCAAGACUUUUACUUUUCAUUCCACAAAUAGCCUCCAUUGUUUACCACAGUUAUCAGUUGCCUUUUGCACAGUCUCUUUUCCUUUUAUAAUUAACCACGAUGGGAAGCACCAGCUCUUCAGAUUACAGCUUCCUGUGGUGGGAGCAGAGCCUUGCCAAAGUAGUUCAGUUAAAUGGUUUUAAAUCCCCUCUUCCCUGCUCUUUUUCUCUACAGUGCAUAGAGUGACGGAGAAGGGUGUUUUCCUACAGUAAUUAUCUGCCUUAUCUUAGAGAUGUGUGCAUUCAUAGUCCCUCUUCAGACUAUGGAAAUGCUUUUAGAACCCUGCUGUGUUAAUUUCUGAAACGAAUUUAUUUCUUAGACACAGCUCAUUGGCAGAGCAUCUGCUUUGCCUGCAGAAGGCCCCUGGUUCAUUCCCCAGCAUCUCCAGGUAGGACUGGGAGACAGCCUCUGCCUGAAACCCUGGAGAGCUGCUGCUGGUCAGUGUAGACAAUACUCAGCUAGAUAUAUCCAGUGGUCUAACUUAGUAUAAGUUAGCUUCUUGUGCUCCUGAGUAUCCUGUCAGUCACAAAACCUUGAACUUGUUAGCUAAUAUGCAGCCAGUGCCAAUCUUUCAACACCAGUGUAAAAUGUGUAAAACUGGGGGUGUCUACCAGCUGCAUUUUCUACUUGCUGCAGCUCCUAAAUCAGGUGCAAGGGUACCUCCACAUAUAGAUCAUUACAGUUGUCUGAUCAUGAGGAUACCAAUAUAUGAAUGACCAUGAGAAGUCUGUCGCUGCCCAGUAAUGGUUAUAGUUUGUGCACCAGCCAGAAGUUGGUAAUGAGCUCUCAAUGCUGUUGUAUAAUAAUAAUAAUAAUAAUAAUAAUAAUAAUUUAUUUAUACCCCGCCCAUCUGGCUGGGUUUCCCCAGCCACUCUGGGCGGUUUCCAACAAAAUAUUAAAAUACAAUAGUCUGUUAAACAUUAAAAGCUUCCCUAAACAGGGCUGCCUUCAGAUGUCUUUUAAAAGUCUGGUACAGUGGUACCUCGGGUUACAUACGCUUCAGGUUACAUACACUUCAGGUUACAGACUCCGCUAACCCAGAAAUAUUACCUCUGGUAUUAGGAGAAUCUCUCAUGUACAGUCAUACCUCAUGUUACGUUUACUUCAUGUUACGUUUUUUCAGGUUGCGUCCCGCGGCGACCUGGAAGUACCGAAAAGGUUUACUUCCGGGUUUUGCUGCUCGCGCAUGCACAGUAGUGCUAAAUCACACUUCGUGCAUGCGCACAAGCACCAAAUCAUACUGUGCACCUGCGCAGAUAUGGCGCUUCAGGUUGCGGGCUUUUCAUGUUGCGAAUGGGUCUCCGGAACGGAUCCCGUUCGCAACCAGAGGUACCACUGUAUUCUCAAAGGUUAUUUAGAGGCAUGGCUGCUUCUCUUGUCCCUUACUUGCAAUGGCAUAUUUAUUCCACAACUAUGCAACUAAGCUACCUGAUCCAUCCUGCCACCCCUUGUAAAAUGCUACACUUUGAACAUGAAAGUGGCAGAUAUAGUCAGUGAUAGAGCCAAACUCAGCAGUAUGUUUUCCUGUUCAAGGCUUCCGCUGCAGGGUUGCCAUCCUGUAUUAUGUUGCCUCUCAAAAAGAUGUUGAUGAAGAAAAUGCAGUUUGCUUGUCUUUAACAGAUGUCCUCUGAGGAGUCUUUGUUGUACUCACAAACCCACUCUCCAUCUCUGUUGCUAGCACCUCCCAUGUUUACAAGGGGUAUUCCUGUGGUGGUCAUGAAGGAAUGCAACAGAAACUUCCUACCUCUUGAGGAGGAAAAGUUUCCUCUUGAGGGAAGAAGCCUGAGUGCUAGCUCCUCAGCUUGAGUGCUAGGUAGGUUGCAAAGGACAGUCAGCAUAAGAGCAGUAUCCCGAUCUGUGUGACUUCACAGAUGACCCUUUAAAGAACAUCACAUACAGGUGAAAAACCUCCUUUCUCCAAUCAUUAUUUUGCUGAUUGGAAUCUGUAGACAGAAUAAUGUUUUUAAAAAGCUAUAAUAAAUAAACUGGCAUUUCCCAUUACUACAGGGGGUGAUUAAAAACCUCUCAGGAGUUUUCAUAGUAGUGUGGGCAUAUUUAAAAAGCGGGAUUUUAUAAAUCCAACUUUUAACAGAACACAUAGCAAUAAAGUAAUUGAUCAGAUGCAUUUAAGUCUAUCUGCAGUGCAAAUGGAACAUGCCUAAGUUUCUACAGAGUGAUGUGUGCACAUUGGGAGGUGGUUUAGAAAAGGGUCAGAAGAUACUAAUGUUCCUCUUCUAAGAAUGUGUGGACACAUUAUUCAUAUGCUUAAACCUCACUCAGAACAACAGUUUCACCCAAACUUGUUGGGCUGCCAUAGAUCUUUAUAUAUAGGGACUAAUGAUGGACACAAUACAACAAUGUUAUGGCCUUCCAUUACUGAUUUGCUGCAUAACAAACUAGAGUUUGAUCUUUUGAAAUGGUGAACAGAGUAUCCCUUCCUAUAAAUAGCUGGGCAUAGCCUCAAAUGGUUGUGAAUUUUAAAAGCCUUGCAUAAUUGAACGCUUAAACGCUUUUAGUAGUUCUUUAAAUUAUAAGCUAGAUAGAUGUCAUUCCAACAUUAAUGACAUAUGAAAGCCAGCAGUAGGGUGUUUUGUUGUACUGCUAUUUUUUAAAACCAUUCCACAAAGGACCAAAUGUUAAAGCUUGCUAGCAGCUGCAGGCCUUCCAGACAACUUUUUUUAUAAAAAAAUCUGUAGCUUGUACUGAUAAAAAGAAGACAUCAAUGUCAAUAAAGACUCUAAGUAGAAUUGAGAAUACUUGGGCUUUAGGGAGUAAGAAGAAUUCAAAAUGGGGUGGUUUCAUUGCUACAGUUACUGCAAAAAAAAAAAGUAGUGUGCUCAGAUUAAGAAUUACUACUAUAUAUAAAAGAUUGGUUGUGCUAACUUUUCAGCAGAACAGGUAUAGCAAAAAGGUAGGCUUAAAAUGUUAGUUAUGGGAUCUUUUGUGUAUUUCACUUACAUCUGUAUUUACCUAUAGUGUGGGGCUGAAUUCAGAGUUUACAGAAUGUUGUCCUAAUCAGUAAGUGGAAUGUUCAGAAGCUUCAGUUUUGGGUUGAGUUGAAAUAUCAGAUUGACUUUUUUCUUUUUGCAAGCUGAAACCUGCCUGCAUAUUUUGCAGGGGCUGCUGGGUUUUUUGGUUUGUUUUUUGUUGUUUUUUUGUAGACUUCCCAUCUAUAACUACUUUAAUCAAAAAUUAUUCAAAUGAUUUCAUAUGAUUUUUCACAACUCAAGGCAUUAUCUAACCAGUUGAUGCCUGGAGUUGUUGUUUCAUACCUUUCUGGUUUUGAAUGUGAAAUGUCGUCAGCAAUGGCAUUACUUGCAAAGUGGUUUUUGAUAGCUCAGUUAAGUGAUAUUUUAUUUAGAAUACUAAUCUGCUUUGCAGCCUCAAGAGGCACUCUCAUAGCAGCUUACGAAAUGUUCUCAAAGUAAAAUCAUGCUAAAAUCUAGCACAGUGGAGAUGGGAAAACUGUGACCCUCUAGAUGUUGUUGGCCCAUCAACAUUGUAUCCAGCCUAAUGGUCAGGGCUAAUGGAAUUAAAGUCCAGCAACAUCUGGAGGGCCACAGGUUCUUCAAUUUUGUAGUGUAGUAACAGAAAUUACAAGGUUUCCCUAUAGGAUUAAGAUUAUUCAUGCAGCAUUUCCUGCCUUCAUUGUCCUUUCCUGGUCAUACCAGGCAGCAGCUCCCACCAGAUUGUCUUAAAUUGCAGGAUAUCACUCAGCUGAUAAUGGAAGCAGUCCUUCCUUCCUGGCAAUUGCCAAACAGCGUGUCUUCUGAGGCAAGGGAGUUGGGGCCAAGGAGAUGGAACUUGCUUUGCCUAAGUAUAAUUCUGAGUCCUGUAUUGUUUUAGGGAAUCAUAGCUAGACCAACAUCAAAGUAUGUGGAAAGCAAGUGGAAAACUUUCAUAGUUUGAGCCCAUAUCUCAUUGCCUUUUUUCUCAUGCUGCUAUAGUGACUUGUGAAGGGACGCGGGUGGCGCUGUGGGUUAAACCACAGAGCCUAGGACUUGCUGAUCAGAAGGUCAGCAGUUCGAAUCCCCGCAACGGGGUGAGCUCCCGUUGCUUGGUCCCUGCUCCUGCCAGCCUAGCAGUUUGAAAGCACGUCAAAGUGCAAGUAGAUAAAUAGGUACCGCUCUGGUGGGAAGGUAAACAGCGUUUCCGUGCGCUGCUCUGGUUCGCCAGAAGCAGCUUAGUCAUGCUGGCCACAUGAUUGUACGCCGGCUCCCUCAGCCAAUAAAGCGAGAUGAGCGUCACAACCCCAGAGUCGGUCACGACUGGACCUAAUGGUCAGGGGUCCCUUUACCUUUACUUUUAUAGUGACUUGCAUGUCUUGGAAAUACAAGACUAGGACCAGUCCUAUAGUUCUUUUCUACCCUGAAUAUUGUCUUCUCCCAGUCCAUCAAUAUUUGAAUGGGAAGUGAUGAUUCAUUUGACCCCAUCCACAUAUUACCAGAGCGUUGUGGGAAGAAUCUCUUGGGAAGGAGCACAUCCACAUUGAAAAAACAGUCUGGCCUUAAGUCUGAAUGUCACAGUCAGAACCAUGGCUAUUUAAGAAGGUAUUAGUGUCAAGUCUGUUUUGCUGCUCUGUGGUAUGGGUUAUUCUCUGUUCUACUUCAUGGUUUUGGUGUGGUCAUACAUGUUGAUUCUGUGCCUACAUAGUUCCUUAUUUGGGAACAUUCUCAGCCCGGGCUGUGUGCCCCCAUCGGCCCACCAUCCAAUUUUGUUUUGACUGUCACUGCAGAAUCCUUGUAGGAAACUGCUGUCUGAUAAUUACCUCAGGGGACAACAUUUUCAUUCUUUCUUUGUAUAUUUCCACUUACAUUUCUCUGUACUUGUCCAUGUUUUAGUAUUAGUCACCCUUUGGUCAUCGUCCAGUUGGCUACAGUUACUACGCCUUUGGUGGGGAAAGAGUUCCUCUUUGAAGAACUAUUUAUUUUACAUUCUUCCACUGUGUGUCUCUUGGUCUAUCUGAUGAUUAAAAACAAAUGCUUUGUUAGCCACUUUGACUUUUACGAUAAAGCAGGAUACACACACACACUAAGAAAUGGAUGAAGUGGGAAUUUGCAGCAAUGAAAGAUGGCUGUGAAUCAGUUGUUCGAAUGUUGGAGGAUUCAAGAUAGAUAAAAUGAAGUACUGUAUUUUUCCAUGUAUAAGACGCCCCCAUGUAUAAGACAGCCCCUAUUUUGGGGGACUCAGAUUUAAGAAACUGGGGGAGGUGGCCCAGAGUAUAAGACGCCUCCUAAUUUUUGACAUUCUUUUUAAGGGAAAAAACCUAGUCUUAUACACGGAAAAAUAUGGUACUUCUUCAUGCAGCACAUGAACUUUGGACUAUAGAACUCCCUCCCACAGGAGGCCAUAAUGACUACCAACCCGGGUGACUUUAAAAGAGGUUUAGACAAAAUCACAGAGCACAAGUCUGUCAGUAACUACUAGCCAUAAUAGCAGUGUUCUAACCUCAUGGUCAAGGGAUGCAGGUGACACUGUGGGUUAAACCACAGAGCCUAGGACUUGCCGAUCAGAAGGUCGGCGGUUCGAAUCCCCACGACGGGGUGAGCUCCCGUUGCUCAGCCCCAGCUCCUGCCAACCUAGCAGUUCAAAAGCACGGCAAAGUGCAAGUAGAUAAAUAGGUACCGCUCCGGCGGGAAGGUAAACGGCGUUUCCGUGCGCUGCUCUGGUUCACCAGAAGCGGCUUAGUCAUGCUGGCCACAUGACCCGGAAGCUGUACACCGGCCAAUAAAGCGAGAUGAGCGCCACAACCCUGGAGUCGGCCACGACUGGACCUAAUGGUCAGGGGUCCCUUUACCUUUACCCUCAUGGUCAGAGGCAGCAUUCCUCUUUUAUACCAGUUGCUGGGAAUCACAAGUCGGCAGAGUGCUUUUGUCCUGCUUGUAGAUGUGUCAUUGGUUGGCCUGAUCUAAAGGGCUCUUCUUACGUUCUUAGGUUGUGUUCUUCAGCACUCCAUUCAGUUUAACUUGCUUCUUUUAUGGAAAUACUGUGAAGGUCCUUUAAGUGCUAAAUGCAUCAUCUUGUUUCUCUUAAUAAUUUUUCUGCCUGAUGCAGUGGAGCUUUUUAUCUACAUUCCCUGAAUAACUGCUGCAGAGUGAAAGACAAAAAGAAGAAGCAUUGAACAUCUUACUGUGUGUAAACACAGUUCAUUUGUGUGCAAGGCUAUGAGUUGAGGAUAAAUUUAGGGCUACUUUUUAUUUUAAUAUGACACAGCAAGGGCUAAUUCAUAAAUAGUGUUUACAUUUAGCAUCACUGUGUUUUGACAGUUGUUGUUUUUUGUAAGAACUGGGUUGUAGGAUGAGUGAAGGGGAGUGAAAGCGACAUAAUUGUCUACACGCUUCCUAUAGUAAAGAGUGAUGAAAUUGUGCGAAUAUAAUAAUAGACAGGGCUAAACUAGCAGACUGUUGAUGGGCAGGAUGGUUUACAUGCGGGUAAUAUGUACCAGCUUCAGCAGCCCCAUUUAUUCCAAUGAGUGGCUCGAUUUGUGUUUUGUUGCUGGGACAUGGUGUGUGUAUAAAUAUGAAUGUAGAAUUUCCACUGGUAAUUACUCCUUUCAGGACUGAAUGUUAGGAUUCUAUCAUUACAUAGCUAAGGUUACACUUUGUUGUUACGGGGGACUUGAGUCAUAUUGGGUUACUGGGUUGUUGUUUUUAUUUUGAUUAUAUAUUUUGUGGUUUUAUAUUUUGAUUUUGUUCCGUGAACUGCCCUGAGACCUCCAGGUUUAGGGUGGUAUAUAAAUUCAAAUAAUAAUAAGAAGAAGAACAACAAGGUUUUGUGCUUAUUGAAAUCAGCUCCUGUGCUUAAAAUUCAUAAUAAAAACUGAAUGUUAUUCAAGAACUAAGGGAAUGUGCGGUUUUAAAAACUCUACUGCAAAGUGUUGGUUCUAAGUAAUUUAUAGCGUGGAGUUCUCAGCACAAAGCAGCAAAGUCAUAUUUCUCUUGAAAUUGGGUUAUUCUUGGGCUAUAUCUGAGCUGGUGUCAGACAGAUGAGUGCCUGUGGGAGAUUUUGGAAACAUUAUUCCAUGAUGAGCUUUCGAUUAGCUAAACAGAUAUGGCUAAAUCAGCAUGUCAUGAGCUUUCAUAUUGGUAUGGCUGGCUGGGCAAUUUUGAAGCCUUUUGUUGGCAAGCAUUAGCUGUCUCCUGCAACUUCUGCUCUGUUUUAACUAGACACAGUACUUGAAUUAAGCAAAAUCUUGUACUUAGAAUAGCAACAAGCUUUGUGAACAGUAGUCUGUACGAUCCUGAAUGCCAACCAGCUUAACAAAUGGCUUGAAAAUGGAAGGAGUACUUCCAUUUCCAUAGAAGCAGACCAGUGGUUCCCAGGCUUGUUCUUCAUGGGCCAUUGAACAUUGCUGAGGCUCUUGGUGGACCACGUAAUGAUUUUUCUGCCCGCUGUAGCAAAUGUAAUGUACUUUGCUGGAUCCUGUAUAAUUUUUAAUUGCAUUUUUAUUACUUGUUUUAUUUCUCAUGUAUUACCAUUUCAAAUUUAUAGAAUUCAGAUUGUAAUACAACAAAAGAAGCAGCAAAAAUGCAAUUUAAAAUCUAUAUAAAUAGUUAAUACUCUGGAUAUGCCAUCUCCCAUCCCCUAGCCACAAACCCACAAACAUACCAUGAGCCAUCUGAAUGAAGUUUGCAUGCAUACCACAGGUGGUCCACAGUCCAAACUUUAGGAAUCUAUGAUUUAGACCAGGCUUCCUCAGCCUUGGCCCUCCAGAUGUUUUUGGCCUACAACUCCCAUGAUCCCUAGCUAGCAGGACCAGUGGUCAGGGAUGAUGGGACCUGUAGUCUCAAAACAUCUGGAGGGCCAAGGGUUGAGGAAGCCUGACUUAGACCAUGCAUCUCUCACUGCCGUCUUUAUGAUUUUCAGCUUCCUUUUCCACUACACGUAAAACAGUCUCUCAAAUAACUUUUGCAUUUGUCUUCCUAGGUACAAUGGCUCCCUCCCUAAUGGUGAUAGGGGGCGUAGGAAAAGCAGGUUUGCUCUCUAUAAGAGACCCAAAGCAAACGGCGUCAAACCCAGCACAGUUCAUGUGAUUUCAACACCUCAAGCAUCUAAGGUAAGCACUUAAGUCUCUGAGAUUGCAAAAGGAUGCUGAUCUUGCAGAGUAUUGGUGAUUAGGGGUGGAAUUCAAUCACAGUCUUCCAAUCAUUUGAGAGCACUGCAGUUUGCCCAAUGGAAUGAUUCCCUUCUCCUCCCACUGCAUGCUUUUCUUGGAUUUCUCUCUCUCUCUCUCUUUUAUGGAGAAGGGAGCUCUGUUGAAUAAGCAGAAGUCCUUGUACAGGGCUUCUGCUGAUGGGGCUGGUUAGAUGAAUCCCUCUCUCCUGUGUUUUUCUGCCUUGCCAUUUGCUUGCCUUUCUAGAUAUGUACUGUAUCUUCUUUUGCAGUUGUUCAUUGAGAAGAUGUUUUCGGUUCCAUCAAGAAUAGUGUUCUGCAUUCUCUCAUAGCAAAUCGUUAACCAAAGCCAGACCCCACUCCUCUUACUGAAAACCCAAUUCAUGGUUAAUUUUUUUGUUUGACAAGAUAUAGAAUUUACUUAGUUAUACAGUUUAUAUUUCUCUUCCCUGUCAUGCGCUACUUAGCUAAUAUAUCACUACUGUAAACUAAGGAAUAUUUUUCUUUCUUUCUGAUAUAUCUUUUUGCAAGACCAGUUCAUCAGUGUAGUUGAGUUUUAUGUUUUCUCUUUAAAAUCCUGCCCAAGUCUCUGAUACCCAAGGCAAAAGCCAUGUGGACAGGGACUUGGAAAGCUGAUUGUGUUUGGUUGUGUCUGAAUGACAGGGGAUAGUGGACUGGAAAAAUCCAAAAUACCUUGUUGCCCAGACACACAGAAUUUGAUUAUAGUAUCCCCAAAUCUGAAAUACUCUCAAUCCAUCUGCUAGGCAACUAUAUUGCAUUAAGAGAGGAUCACCGCAGAUUUAAGGACACAUAAAGAUAGUCUAAAUGAAGGAACAAUGUGGAUGUGAAACUGAGUACACAAAUUAAGCUAUUCACUCUUAUACCAUGAUGGCAAUUUAAUAAUAGCUAUUGGAAUGUUAUGAGUCCAUGCAACAGCCAGCUGUACUUCAUAAAUUUCGAAUGUUUUUCACAAUAAAAUUCAAAUGCUGGAUCUAAACAUGUUUGCAAGUAUUUUUUAUUUCUCAUCUUACUAAGAGCAGACAGGAAAGGUGGGCUCCUUCUUAGAAGGUGCAGAGGAGUUUAGAGGUCUGUCCCGCUGUCUGUUUGUGUAAUGCCAUUGGGAGGAGUUUAGAUUAAAACUGAAAGGCUCAAGAAAAAAAAGAGCUGUCUAAACAUGAUCUGGCAUGGUAUUCUGCAGUCACUGGAAGACACUGCUCUUCUGUUGAAAGGAUGAGCUGAAAUAGGGGAAUCCUCAGUUCCUCUGCUGUAGGGGUUUAGCAGAUGACUAACUGUUGUUGGUUUAUUCUUGCAUUCAUAUCCUGCUUUUCUUAAUACCUACUUGCUUAACGAAAAGGAACUUUGCAGUGUCCGCCUUCAUCUUUAGAAACCUUAUCUGGUAAUUUUGUUAAGACAUAGAUGAUGCCGUGAGCAGAAUUUUUCUCCAUGGGACGUUGCCUAUACUUCCGUAAUGAUGUCACAGUUGAGGAACGACUGGAGAGUUUCUGGGUUUCCCCUAGUGCAGACUGCAUUAUAGCUGACUGGUGUGAGGAAAUUCACAAUAUGGCCGAGCAGCUUGAAUCUAAAGCAUACCUCCUCUUUCCCCAUGCGUACUUGCUGAACUUGGCCAUUCCUAAUGUAAGAUGUUAUUUUAGUUUGCUUUUCAAUAAUACAAGACCUCCAAAGAGCCAAAUAAUAGCAAACUAUUUAUGGAACAUACACAGUGGUUCUGUAUGAUAUUCACUCUGUAGAGGAACCUUGUUUGUGAUGGAAAUGCCGAUAUCUGCAUCCUGGAAAGAAAUAAAAUACUGAUGAUCUGAAAUCUGUGAUAUGUAAACUGUAUGUACAUUUGUGAAUUCAGAUAGAAGAAAAUAUAGAUUUCCAGAAUUGAUGGAAUGUUCUUUAUAAAGAAUAAAUCUUUGUGAUGUUAUGGGAAAUGAUAUAUUUUUUAGCAGUUAUGAUAUAAGGCGAAUGCACCAGAAAACCUCCUCUCACAGAUGAAAGGCUAUUAUUAUUAUUAUUAAUAAUAAUAAUAAUACUCUGCCGUUUUCCCUGACUCAGAGCAACUUACAGCUAAAAACAUGCAGAAGGAGAAUAAUUAAAAAACAAUUAAACAUUAAUAGAAUUAUCUAUCUCUAUCAUCUAUCAUCUAUCUAUCUAUCUAUCUAUCAUCUAUCUAUAUCUCAUACAAAUAAUUACAAUAAAAACAGCAUGGAACCAGCCCUUUCAUGAAAAGCAGUCUCUUCCCCAAACAGUGUUGGAACAAGAAAGUCUUCUGCUGCUGGCAGAAGGACAGCAAGGAAGGAGAAAAUCCAUUGCGCAUGAAUGAGAGCCCAAAAUGUGGUGCCUGUUUGAAAUCCAGUUGGUUCUCUUCUCCCCACACCCCUGGACGACUCUACACCUUUCACUUCCUAGCUUCCCCAUGCUUAUAUAGGGACAAUUACACCAGGAAAUCUCAUCCUUAUUGGACUCUGGGUUCUUUCUGACAUUCUGUUAACAGAAUUUGCUAGAUUGAUGCAUAAUAAUAAUAAAUUAUUAUUAUGUCAAAGAGAAAAAUAACUAUCAAACUUUUAGAAGACAUCUGAAGGCAGCCCUGUUUAGGGAAGCUUUUACGAUGCCUUAUGAGGAACGGCUAAGGGAGCUGGGCAUGUUUAGCCUGGAGAAGAGGAGGUUAAGGGGUGAUAUGAUAGCCAUGUUCAAAUAUAUAAAAGGAUGUCACAUAGAGGAGGGAGAAAGGUUGUUUUCUGCUGCUCCAGAGAAGCGGACACGGAGCAAUGGAUCCAAACUACAAGAAAGAAGAUUCCACCUAAACAUUAGGAAGAACUUCCUGACAGUAAGAGCUGUUCGACAGUGGAAUUUGCUGCCAAGGAGUGUGGUGGAGUCUCCUUCUUUGGAGGUCUUUAAGCAGAGGCUUGACAACCAUAUGUCAGGAGUGCUCUGAUGGUGUUUCCUGCUUGGCAGGGGGUUGGACUCGAUGGCCCUUGUGGUCUCUUCCAACUCUAUGAUUCUAUGAUUCUAUUCUAUGAUUCUAAUAUUUAAGAGGUUAUUGUAUUUUAGUGUUUUGUUGGAAGCUGCCCAGAGUGGCUGGAGAAACCCAGCCGGAUGGGUGGGGUCUAAAUAAUAAAUAAUAGAUUAUUAUUAUUAUUAUGUAAGUCCAAGACCAUCUUGCAGUCUGCUUAGGAGUUCAAGUGAUGGAAUAUUGUCUGAAAGGGAGUGGAGGAAGCAAGAAGAAGGAAUGAAAAGUACCACAAAUACCACAAAAAAAUUAAAGAACUGGUUAAGAGAACUAGAAAUCCUUUGGGAUGUUUACAUAUGAAGCAAAUGGCAAUAAGCUUAUUGUGGAUUUCCAGUUUCAAGUGUGAGUACUGUUCAGAGUGAGUGGGUGUAUUUUUUGGGGGGGGUAGAGGGGGUAGAGUCUUAAUAGUGAACAGGCACUGAUUACAACUUGACCCCUGAAGAGCACAUUUGAGGAUCCAGUAAUUUCUGAGGAAAUGGGACUUGUAUAUAAAGAAGUUCUGUGCCUAAUAUACUGUAUCACCCCCAAAUUCCUACCAUGAAAAGCUAAAGUGCGGCUUAAACUCGUGACAUUACAAAAAUUGGCUUUUACGAUAUCGCUGCUGAAAUAGUCAUACGGUAAAACAGAACGGGUGUGAGUGCCUGCACUAUUUUAAGGGAGCGGCUUAUAUUUGGGUAUUGUCUCCCCCCCCUUCAAUUUUAAAGGUGUGGCUUAUAUUCGGGUGCGGCUUAUAUUCAGACCAAUAUGGUAAAUGUUUCUGAUGUUAUCAGGUGAUUUGGAUAGAUGCUGCUGCUGCUGCAUUAAUAUUUCUUCCUUGAGUUCUUUGCUGCACGCUUUUAGGUGGAGUGCACAGCUCUCUGAGAACACAGCAUUCUUCAUGUAUAACUACUUGGGGUGAUUUUUUUUUCAUAUCCACAGUUCCAUGUUGUAGGGUUAUUCUCUUGGGAAUCAGAUACAACAAAUUCUACUCUUUUGUACAUGUGUAUUGUCAAAAUGAGGAAUUAAGAUCAGAGGAAAAUUAACAUUUCUGUGCACAAGCCUUGCUUGUUUGCACUCUCAGUUUUCAUGAGGGUAACAGAAAGGGGAAAUUGCCUCCAAUACCAUAUUUUCUAACAUCUGGAUUUCACAAUAGCUAAUCACUUUGCCAAAAGCCUGUUGAGAGUGCCAGAGGCACCUUGUUACCUAAAAACAGCUUCAACCUGAUUACAUAUCAUGCACCUUGAAUUUAAUAUGCAGAAUACUGGCUUUUGUGAGUACAAAGACAAUAAAAGUUAAGUGAGAUAUGGUAAUUAAAAUCCUUUAUUAUUUUGCAUUUCAGUGGAAAUUGAUGCCAGGUUCAACAUAAUUCUCUUGCACUUUCUUUGAACCCUUAUGAAAGAGCUUUUGUGCUUUUUAAAUCGCUGUGUAAGGUAUGGUUUCUGGAUGUCUGCCCAGAGAACAGUGAUGAAAUGGGUUACAGCUAUUGCUGUUUCCAAAGUGCAAAAGCAGAUUUGAAUUUAAAAAAAUAAAUAAUAAAAUAAAUUGAAAGAUUUUUUCAGAUAGCUUUUCUUGGAGCUUAUGGAGCCUGAAACUAAAUCAACAGGGCCAGGAAUUAUUUUUGCAUGUUCUAUAGUCAUAUGAUUUCCAAACUCAAAUACAAAAGAACAAGAAACAUGCUUUGUUCUUAGAAAUAAUUUCCAGACUAACAUUAAAACUUUCGGUUCUGCUCUAGCUCUUUCAGCAUUGACCUUUAGCAUCUGCAAGAGACUAAAUGCAAUUCUCACUUUACAGAAUAUUAAUGCAUUCUGGCCUCUGUGUCAUGUUUCUUUCUUAAUGUCCGGCAUGUAUUUCUGAGUUGUUUGCCAAAACAAAAAUUGCAUUUUUCUGUUUAUUCUGUCCUUAAUCACCCGAAACCGCAAGACCUGAUUAUUGCAAUGUGCUCUGUGUGGUGCUACCCUUGGGCCUGAUCCAGAGGCUCUAGCUGGUGCAAAUUGUUGCAGCUGAACUGUUGAUGAAGACAGACUAUCACCAGCACAUAACCCAGGCACUCAAAAUCUUGCACCAGCUGCUCAUAUGCAACUGGUCAAGAUGGUUCUUGUAUUAAUUUACAAGGCCCUAGCAACUUGGGUCCAGGAUACCUCAGGGACCACCUGAUAACUUAUAUCUCUGCUCCAGUAUAGAGGUAUCUGGGGGAGUCACUGUUAGUGCUCCCCCAUGACUCAGAUGCACAGCUUGUAACUACAAGUAGCCAUGCAUUCAGUAUUGUGGACCCAGUUUUGUGGAACUCUCUUCCAGUUGAACUUCAGAAAGCAGAACCUACAUACACAGUGCUCUGUAUUAAUUAAUUAUCAAAUUUCUAUCCUUUUUGUCAUUCUGUUCAAUGCACAGACAUUAGGGACUGUUGGGAGUGGUGCUGGCCGCUGCAGUUCUCCUCCAUGCAUGUGGUAGAUGCGCAGAAGCAAACAAGUCUGCACUUUUCUUUGUAGGUUCUAAAAUGUGUGUGAGCGCAAAAACACAUGCCUGGAUUUGGAGUAAACAUAUAUUGUUACCGGGUGUUGGUAGUUGCUUCUCAGAAGUCAGUGUAGUGUAACCCAGUGCUUAGGUUAGUGCACAGCGGUGAGUGAACGAUAAAGGCUCAUGCACUCCUGUGUUAUCUUUUUGAUAAUGUCAGCCCAUCAACUGUGGUGAAUGUUUAGGAAUGUAAACAACAAGGGCUGUUUUGAUAAUGUCUUGUGGAUAGUUGAACUUACAAAGCAUGAAAUGUGAUGUGUUGGCUCAGAUAUUGAAAUUGACCUAACUGAAAAUGGGGUCUUCCUUCCAGAUGGGUAGGACUCAUUCUAAAAGCACGUAAUGCGGCCGUCUUGAUAUGAAGCUAAACAGGUCUGAGUCUAGUCAAAGUCUGGAUGGGAGACUGCCUCAGAACACCGUAUGUGCUACGUUUUUAAGUUUUGAGGAAGCAUGGAAUAUAAACAAAAUCUAGAUAGAAAGAACCUGUCGGAUUUAUAUUUUGAAUUAUUGCAUUUGUUCUGCUUUCCGGACUCAUGAGAGGCACCUGGAGAGCAGUGUCUUGGAUAUGUACCCUCUUAGGAAGAUUGUGAUCAGAGGGAAUAUCUCUGGUGUGCAGAAUCAUGAUGCUGACCACCAUCUUAUGAUUAUAUAUAAGUGUAGAUAUGGUGGGGCUAUAUGCUUCCACCAGUUUUUGCAUUCUGCACCAGCUGGAGCUUCAGAACCAGACGCAAGGGCAGCCCCAUAUGGAGAACAUUGCAGUGAUCCAGCCUAAAGGUUACCAAGGCAUAGGCUACAGCGGUCAAGCUAUCCCUGUCCAGGAACGGCCAUAGCUGGUGAACCAGACAAAGGUGGUGCUUUCUCCUUCAGAGGAAGUGCAACCCCAUUCAGAACAGGUAACUUGCCUGUCUUCUAAACAUGGGAGCUAGCCAACUCAAAGAGGCUCCAUUUUCCCAGGAUUUAAGCGCAGUUUAUUGGCCCUUCAUUCAUACACCGAUCCAGAGCUUUCACACCUUCUCCUGAUUCAGUUGUUAUGGAGAAGUGGAGAUGCGUGCCAUCAGUGCACUGGUGACAUCUUGCUCCAAAACUCCUAAUGACUUCUCCCAGUGUCUUCAUAUAGAUGUUAAAUAGCACUGAGAGGAGGAUAGUUCUCUGCAGAAAACCAGAGGGGACCGAGGAGCACUCACCCAGUCCUACUAUCUGGAUACAGCCCUGAAGAUAUGAACAGAACCACCAUAAAACUGUGCCUCUGAUACCCAUCCUACCGCGUCAGUCCAGGAGGAGAGAGACCAUGGUCCAUGGUAUCAAAAGCCACUGAGAGACUGAGUGGAAGUAACAGGGUUGCACUCCCUCUGCCCCUCUAACGAUAAAGGUAAUCCAUCAGGGCGACCAAGGCUGAUUAAGUUCCGAAGCUGGGUCUGAACCCAGAUUGUAGUGGAUUUAGAUAAUCAGUGUCAUCCAGGAAUACCUGCAAUUAUUGAAAUACGUGUAAAUGGGGGGUGGGGGGUGUCUGUGGUGUCAAACCAUGAAAUCAGAAGAAAAUAGGCUUUACUUAAAAAUAGGCUUUACUUACUUUUAAAAAGGAGAAACAAGCCCUAGCCAUUAGAAAUUAACUCACAAUUUUGUGUUGAAUAUACAUUUCAGAAAACAGAUGUGGCUGAGGCAAAGAGAGACACCAAGGCAGUAAGGUGCAAGAUAGAUCUCUCUGACUUUUCACUCUUCUAUCAUGUCAUCAGUCACUGUCAGCAGUGUUUUUCUUGGGUUGAGAUGACAAGCUGCCGUCGGUUUCUUACUUAUGUGAGCCGCUUGGGGCAUCACAAUAGUUUCCUUUGAUCUGUAUUUAGAGGGCUAAGUAAGUUAUUUCUGCUGGUCUCCAAUAUCUUAUUUUACUCUAGCAUAACCAAGAAACUGAAGGCAACAUGGGGCGGCCUAAAUCUGAUUGACUGGGUUGAUAGGGGCAGGAAGCUGUUUAGUCCUCACCCCAACAGGUUUUCAUAGUUGCCCACUUCUCUUUUCUUCCAUGAACAUGAAUCACAAUAGUUGUGAUUCACUUGUGUUUCAUUUAGUGAUGUCCCUUUGGUGAAAACAAAAUCUGCUUCCCACCCAGGUAACUGGACAUUCCAUGAUUCUAUGGAGUGUGGUAUGUCUGCAUGUGUCUUUGUGCACAGGUAAAUUCUAUGUGGCCCAUCUAUCAAAAUGAUGAAUGUUUCCAAGUAUAAAAGCUAACAUCAAGAACUCUCAUAGGAAAUUGCUUUAUAGCAGAUAGGGGUGCUUGAACAGUUAAGUUUUGUGAAUUCUGAGACAAAUCGACCUAAUCUGCGCCUGGACUAAAGUACAUAAUGGAACUUAGUUAUUUACUGGCUUUUUCACUUUCUGAAUGUUUCAAAGGAAUUCUUGGCUUUAAAAAAAGUAUCAAAUACACUUAAAAUGAAUAAAUGGAGAGAGAAUAUGUUUAGACAUGUAUGUUUUGAGAAAAAUACAUUUUAAGAUAAGUAUUCAAAUACAAUGCAAAUAUUCAUGUGGAUUUAAAAAAACCCACACAGUUAGUAUGAAAAUGGGAAUAUUGAGGAACACAUGCAAAAGUAACAUGGACUGGAAAUAGAUUUACCUUCCUAAUACCAGGUCAGCCUAUUUGUCCUUCUAGCCUUUUCUUGCAUUGCCUACUCUGACUGGCAGCACCUUUCCAUAUUCUUAGGCAGAGGUGGGACUUCACACAGAGCAGGUGCUCUACCACUGGCCCAUGGCCCCUUCCAUAAACUGUUAUCACUCAAGUCAUUAAGAGUAGAAAGGAGAGAUUAUGUCCACAAGGUUGGGUGGGGGAAGAAAGAAACAGCCAUCAAAUUGGCUCUUACUGUAAGUGUGCAGGAGCUCUUUCAGUCUUCACUCUUUUCCAAAUCCUGAAGAACAAAUUUGUAGAGGCUGUGGCCUCCCUGAGUAAAAGCACACAGGUUGUACAUUUUGUAGGUAUUGAUUGCAAUUAGCAACAUCAAACUCUAGGCAGAUCUUCCCAAAGAGUGGUGUAGAAGGAGCAGCAUGUGUGGCAGUAGAAAUUAUGAGUUGCCAUGGACAGGACACAAAGGAAUGAUGGGAGGCACCAGCUGGUGAACUCCCAAGGGAAGAAGGCUUAGAGCCUGGGGAUUGGUGGUGGGACAGUGAUGAGUGAUCAGAGGGAGAAGACUUGGGAAGAGGAGGAGUCAGAAGCCGAAGAGGUAGUAAGGUUUAAUGGGCAAGGAGAAUCUGGCAGAGAGAAGUCCAGAAUUGGGUGCAGAAGCUUAAGCAGGAGAGGAGGGAGGCCAAGAGGCAAAGAUGAGUCAGACUGGUAAAGAAGCAGAGGUGUCUUGCCUUCUAAGCUCCCCUCCCCCUAGUCUCUCAAGACCAGGAGAGGUAUGAAGUGAUAGAAGCAAAGGCAGGCACACUGGCAUAGUCUCAGAUGGCUUGGGAAAGUUCCAGGAGAGGAGGAGACUUAGGCUGUUGUGGGAAGGCAGGGGCCUCCUGUCUCCACAACUGCCUCAUAGGAGCAAGAUCUACCAAAGAAGAGUUGCUGUUCUCAUUAGGCCUGGCACUCCUGAGCAGAGCCUGUUUCUUCUAAUACAGAUUUAAUUUCACUUACUUUGUGUGAUUUAUUGCUGGCUCACACCUGACACUAGUAAGCUAGUCUGUUUGAUCGGGUUUGGAACCAGGGCCCCCCAUCCCCUUUUCAUUUACAGAGUGCUCCUGUAGGAAAACUAUUAAAUGAGCCAAAAUCAAAACAAAUAAAGUUAAACUGAAAUCGGGACCUUUCAGUACCAAUAUUUCUGGUUAUAUUUCCUUCCUGUUUAUGAAAGAAACUAAAAAUGAGUAGAUAAAUUGAAGAGGCGUGGGAGAGAAGAAAAACAGUUUUUUUUCAAGUGUCCCUCUUGAGAGGCAGUGUGAGGAGGGCAAUGUUUAGCUUCCAAAGUCCUUAAAAUACACUUUGCUCUGUAUUUCCCAUUAUUUGCUGGUGAAGAUUGCAUUUUUUCCCAGUGACAAAAUAUUGUUGUGUUUAAAUGCUGGCCAAAUGUGAUACUGCUGCCAUAGGAACAUCAUCCUUCAGGGAGAAUGUCCUUUUUUCUUGCAAUAAUUAAGUAACAGCUGCACAUUUAUUCCAACAGUACAUGAAGCAUGCUUCUUAAUAUUUAAACCAAUAAAAUAUCAGGCAAAGGUGUUCUCAGUGGCUUUUCCCGCAUUGCUGUUCUGCCAGAUAUGGGCCAGUGCUGGUGUGUUUCAGUUCUCAGAUGGAUUUUGCUCAGCUCAGGAGAAACAGAAAUACAGUGGCUUUAGAUCCAUGCUCUUGGGUUGCUCGCAGAGGUGGUGGUGGAUACAGUGGUACCUUGGUUCUCAAACGACUUAGUUGUCAAACAAAUCAGCUCCUGAUUGCUGCAAACUUGGAAGUAAGUGUUCUGGUUUGCGAACGUUUUUCGGAAGCCUAACGUCCAAUGUGGUUUCCGAUUGAGUGCAGGAAGCUCCUGCAGCCAAUUGGAAGCCGUGCCUUGGUUUUUGAACAGUUCCGGGAGUCGAAAGGACUCCGGGAACGGAUUAAGUUCAAGAACCAAGGUCCCACUGUACUUGAAAUUCCAACCGCAUUUUUGGAUUCUCAGGCCUUGCUUUAUCCUACAAAGGGUGCAUUCAUCAUCCAGUUGGAAAUCAAUGGUGGAACUCUUUACUGAGAUGUCUCGAUGAAAAUUACAUUCAACACCAUUCUCAUGUAAUUGUUUCCCUUCUCUUAGCAUUCACAAUGCCUUGAAGUUUUUAUAUGUGCAGUUUUUUAUUAUGUAUUUCCAUUUAGACAUUCUAUAGUGAGGCACUAUCGGUCUUCCUCUUGUCUUAAAUAAAACAGCUGGAAAUGGCACUCAAGGCUUUUCUGACCACCCCCCCCUUCACUGUGCUUCACUUGAUCAAAGUGUGUUUGGAGGUCAUCUAUAUUCUCAGUUUCUUCAUCUUCCUGAACUUUCCUGAUUGAAAGCGAACCUGUUGGUAAAAUGUCAUAAUCUUUGGCCUCUUACAUGUGCAUUAAACAGCUCUUGAACUUGGAGAGGUUAAGAGCCAAACUAGAUGUUUCCUUAGUACAUAGUAGGUAGGCACUCAUUUUGUCCUCAAAGAAUUACAGGCCUUGAGGAACAGGAUUCUUUCUAAUAAGCCGAUAUACAAGAAAGGGAGACUUCUUCUUUACUCCCCCUUUAUGAUCAGAACGGAGAUUCCCACCCCACACCUCGGGACUAGAAGUUACAGAGAAAGGUCCCAAUUUUCCUUUGCUGAGAAAAAUGCUACAGUGUUUGUAGAUGCACUUCUGCAACUUUAACAUGUCGAUCUAAUUAUUAUUAUUACUAUUACUAUUAUUAUUAUUUAUACCCCAUCCAUCUGUCUGGCUUUCCCCACUCACUCUGGGUGGCCUACAGCAAAUAAAUAAUUGUAAAACAUUAGACAUAAACAAUUUCCUGAUACAGGGUUGCCUUCGGAUGUCUUCUAUAAAUCAGAUACAGUGGUACCUCGGGUUACAUACGCUUCAGGUUACAGACUCCGCUAACCCAGAAAUAUUACCUCGGGUUAAGAACUUUGCUUCAGGAUGAGAACAGAAAUCGUGCUCCGGUGGCACAGCGGCAGCGGGAGGCCCUUCACUUCUUGCUGGACCUUAGUGUCGAGACUGAACGAUGAGGUUGAAGAUGCUCCUUCGGGUAUGCUGUGCCACGGCUAUCUUUUAAGUUUUCCUCUACCAAUUUAUUGUACUUUGGAAGUUCUAGUAACAGGAAAAGCAAAGCAAUCUUAUAUCAAUGACCCAAAGAGAUUUUCUUAGGUUUGAAUACUAUGUACUGUGCUUGUGCAGGAGUCCAACAGUGCAACAUAAAUAGCAAGCACAGUUGUAUAUACAGUCAUAAUCUUAGGCCCUUCUUAAUGGGCCUCCUCCACAAGAGGUCUGGAGGGUGGCAACAUGAGAAUGGGGCAUUUCUAUGGUGGCUCCCUUUGUGGAAUGCUCUCACCAGGGAGGCUUGCAUGGUGCCCUCAUUACAUAUUUUGUGUUCAUUUUGUAUUUUGUGUUGUGAACUGCCCUGUGAUCUUCGGAUGAAGGAUGGUAUACAGAUUUAAUAAACAAAGAAACCACAGCAUAACUACAUUUUGGCUCAAUGGACUCCAUUGCCGUGAACAUCAAAUUAAAACAAGUCAACAAUGAAUGAAUGAAUCAAAACAAUAUAAAAUUGCAAGAUUGCCAAUAAACACCAAUUACGCUAGAUUUGUAUUUGUGAUCUGCACUUGUCCUCUUAUUACAGAGCAGCUUUGUAGAGCUGAGACCAGAAAACUGUUUUAUGAGUGUGAUGCCUUUUGAAUGUAAUAAAAUUAUGUCUAAAACAGUCUGUGCUUGAAACUCUCUUUCUCUGGACCAGAACCUAUAGUUUGUGUCAAGUGAAGAAAAGUGGGUUAAAUUCCAAAAGCUUUUCUGUACAAAAUUUGAACAUAGGCAAGAAAUCUUGGGGAAAGGAUUAUCAGUUGGUGGGUCAUCUCCAGGUAUGAGCAAAAACUGCUCAUCAUGGAAGUUUCCUCUGCAGUCAUGUGAGCUAAAAUGCAUGUGUGUUUAUCCUUUCCCGAUAUCCAUAGUGUAUGCAGUUAUUGCACUGUGUGGGUGUGCUGUAUCUAAGUGGCAAGUUCUACUUCUAAUCUCUACGUAUUUUUAUAUAUAUAUAUUUUUUGUAAAACCCACACACAUACGAUUGUUCUCAAAGAGGGUUUCCAACUGCGCAGAAAGUAUUCUGUGUAAUUAUACUUGUAUGCAUGGGGUAUUCUUUGACCUUACUGUGAACACAUGUAUGUGGGGUGAUGGAACCUGCUGUAAUGCUGCCCCCCACAUUAAUUAUUAUAGGCAAACUUGUUUUAUGCUAUAUUGUGAAAUCUCUUUGAGAUGCUUCAUGGGAAGUGAUUUAUAAAGAAAUAUAAUAAUGAACAUUUGAAAUGGGCUUUGAUUUCAACUCUGUUGGCAUUGUGAAAGGCAAAUGGCCGCUCUCCAAUGGAUUUCACAUUUCAUAGUCUGCAGCCUUCUUGUGGUCAUGCAGAUUUCUGGAUGUAGAGAGGGAAUAAUACUUGGGCGCUUAAUAAUUUUAUUUAUUAUUUCUUUCUGGCUUCUUGUACCCCUUUGCUUAAAAUAGAAACCAGAAGGCUGUCUCUUUCUCUAAAAGAUCACAACUAAGCAUGAGAAAAUAGCUUGAGUAAAAAGGCAUGUAACAUGUAACACCAAUGGUUCCUCAUGGGUUGACUGGGAGUCAACAGUGGAAAGUUCUGAGCAGAAUAUGAUAGGAGCUAGAACCCAGGAAGGCCCAGGCAACAGCUUGCCGCAUUGCAUUAAAAACCACUUUCUGGUUAAUUGAACAGAACUAGACAUUUUAAUUGAGGUCUCCUAGAAUACAGCGGUGCCAACAAAGGUCCGUAUAGUAAAAGCUAUGGUUUUCCCAGUAGUGAUGUAUGUAAGUGAGAGCUGGACCAUAAAGAAGGCCGAUCACCGAAGAAUGGAUGCUUUUGAAUUAUGGUGCUGGAGGAGACUCUGGAGAGUCCCAUGGACUGCAAGAAGAUCAAACCUAUCCAUUCUUAAGGAAAUCAGCCCCGAGUGCUCACUGGAAGGACAGAUCCUGAAGCUGAGGCUCCAAGACUUUGGCCACCUCAUGAGAAGAGAAGACUCCCUGGAAAAGACCCUGAUGUUGGGAAAGAUGGAGGGCACAAGGAGAAGGGGACGACAGAGGACGAGAUGGUUGGAUAGUGUUCUCGAAGCUACCAGCAUGAGUUUGACCAAACUGCAGGAGGCAGUGGAAGACAGGAGUGCCUGGUGUGCUCUGGUCCAUGGGGUCACAAAGAGUCGGACACGACUAAAUGACUAAACAACAACAACAGAAUACAGCGGUACCUCGGAAAUUUGGGGACCAAUCGGAUGAUGGGAAUUGUAGUUUCAAAACAUGGGGAGGGCCGAGGUUGAGGAAGCCUGCUAUAGAAGAACCAAAGCACCCCACAUAACUAGUGUUGGUGCAACUGGAUCAUAGUUUGGAAUUGCUUGGUGCCAGAUUUGAGUUGGCCUCUUCAUAUAUGAAACUGAGAUGGCAUCAUAAGAACUUUGGCCUUGGGCAGAUAGGUUAGUGAGACUGGACUAACCCUUGCAGAAUCCAUGCUGGUUCCGCUCUAGCAAGACUUAUUCUAUCUUUAAUAAUGUUUCCACCAAUUUCCUUGAUCCCUUUUAAAACUCAGUGUUAAUUUAGCCACUGGCCAACCCUUGGAUAUAGAGCUUAUUUUAUUAGAAGACCAGCAAUUUCUUCUUCUUUUUUAAUUCUUUAAGAACUCCUGGGUGAAUGUCUUCUGGAUUUGGUUCCCCUCGCCCUGCUGUUAUUAAUUAGCCAGCUCAGGGCAGUGUUAGAAAUUAGCCAGGCAGUAGGCGCAGGUCCAUUCGUGACCAUGUGGACAUCUCUGGAUGCCAAGCGACUGAUGUCUCCAUCAAGCAGAAGAGCUUAUUUAUUGCAUUUAUCUCCCACAUUUUCUUCAAGGAGCACAUGGUUCACCCCUGCCUCUCAGUUAAUCCCUCCAACGACCCUGUGAGGUAGGUUAGGAGACUGCUACUGACUCCAAGGUCACCCAGUUGACCGAGGGGGGAUUUGAACCCCAAUCUCCCCGUUCCUAGUCUGACACUCUUGAGUUUAACCCACUGGCUUCCUAGCAGUUGAAUAAAUAUGGGAAAAGCAGAAUGUCACUUUGAGAAGGAUUGGAAAUCUUUUCCUGGAAGCUUGAAUUUGUUUUCUUCUGGAUUGUUUUAUUUGAUGUUUUAAUGUGCUGUCAACUGCAGUAUAGAAAUGCAGAUGAUGAUGAUGUUGAUAAGCCCCAGUGAGGUGGAAAUGGCACCUAGACAUACCGUUGUGGCAACCGCAAGCCAGGUUUAAGGUGCCAUUUGUCAAUUAGCUAACUGUAUAUAUCAGCGUUUCUUAACAGUGGCUCAUGGUAUUACUUCAUAAAUUCCCAGGUUCAGUCUGGCAUCAGCAGUUAUCUACUACCUGAGACUCUGGAGACAUAGCUGCUAGUCAUUGUCAGCAGUACUGAGCUAACGGGACAGUGAUAGGCUAGCUUGACUUAGUAUAGGGUAUCAAUAUGUGUAAGUAGAAUAUUUUCGAAAGAACUAGUAGGCUGAAGGUCUAUAUAAAAAUUUACUUCAGAUGACUAUAUUGAAGCAUCUGACCUCCCAGUUUGCUGAGAUUAUUUAGAUUUUGACGUUGCUUCACUUAAGGAGACGAGUGUAGGAUGCAUGCUGUGCUUUAUAGCUGCCAUUGCUCAAAACUAUCAUUUUUUCUGUCAUAUUUUUCUUCUAAUUCUAGCUUCCAGCCAGAUAAGUCAUCUGUAUGAUAAAUGGCAGAGAGCUCCCUUUACUGAUACACAUUGCUACAAAUAAAAUAAAUCCACUCUUUGGGGUUGGGGGGGCAGGCGGUGAACGGAGGGAAGAAUCCAAACCAUUAUUUACAUUUGCAGUCUUACUGUACUAUAAAAUGUCUUCAACCUAGGCUGUAACUAUCUUUUACUGAAUUGCUUUUAGCUCUGGGGUUGUUGUUGUUUUCCAUUUCUACUCUAUGCACUAGAGAUACACAACGUCUUUGGGGCUCGGUUCAUGAAGAAAAGUAACAGGUUCUGAAUGCUGGUACCAGAUAACUAGAAUAAAAAAUAAGCACUCUUGUAGCUUAGCUAUUCCUGACACCACUAAACAAUUAUUUUAAAUUUGAUUACAGAAGCAGCUUCUUAUCAAGAAUCUCUCCACUCACAAAGCUGGCCAGGUUUUUUGUAGGAUGCAGAAAAAUCCAAAAGGGGAGAAAUAGGCUGCUAUCAUAAAAGGGACGGGGUGGGGGAGGUUUAGAUUUGAAAGAAAAGGGGAAUUAUCCUACAAAAUUUGGGGAGACAAGAAAAGAAGGGGCCGUUACAUUUGAACAUAGGGACGAAGGAAGGAGGAAAGAGCAGAAUGGUUUCCUGCAGAGAGACAGGAUCCAAACAGAGAACACUGCCCCUUUAGGAAGAAUGCAUGGGGUGGUCAGAAGGGAAGAAAUUGAGGGCCAGGGGGGAUAGCCAGACAGUAAAAAGGAGAAUAAUCUGGUGGAGGUGGAAAGGAAGAGGUCAAGGGAAGGGAAGGUUGUGUGGCACUUCUGUUUCUUGGUCAUCCUUGAACUACUUCUGGAACAUUUGAUGUUCCUCAGAGACUGAGGAGCCACAAUACUUCAGUGAAUUGAUGGGACUGUUUGAAAAUUAGCUGAGUGAGCAAGUGGAGGAAUCUCUCUGGCUGUGGAGCAAUGAUUUUGACCAGCUUCUCCUCUUCUCUAGAUGUGCAGUAUUUGUGCCUCUUUCCAUCCUCAGAUCAGUUUGCAUGUCUGCUGACACCGAUACACCUUUUCUAGGUCAGGAGAGGGUGGAGGCAGGUUCUCCUGUGUUGGACAUAGACCUUUUUGCACCUUCUUUUCUCUGACAGGAAUCAGUGUGUGCUGUGUAAAGCUUAUUUCAGGCAAAGACCCAAUUGGCUAUAUACUGGUAGAAAAUAAAUGAAGAAGCUCUUAAUGCUUUAAUUUGUCUCUUUCUCCUGAAGGGCUUUGUUAUGCAAAGUCAUGCCACUGCUGUCGCCUCCUCUCCUAACCUUCAGAAAUCCUGGAAAGCACAGUAUGUGUGGGUUGCGGUUGGCAACCUGCUUGUGAAGUGGCAAAUAAUCAUGUUUUCAUUUCGUUUUCUUCUUGUUGAUGAUUUAUGUAUGUCCUUCUUUUCUAUUUUAAAAAGGGGAGACUUCAGCCAUAAAGAACCAGCCUACAAACAGUUAUUGGAAUACACCAGGGGUGUCUAACCGGUCGACCGCGAUCGGCAGGUUGAUUCCCGGAUGAGUGUCCUUUCUUUUUUUUUAAUUCUGCAUAUUCACUUUUUAAAAAUAGUUCAACAACUUUGACCUGCCCCCCCCUAAAAAAACUCAACAACUCUGAACUCCCCCCCCCCCGAUGGGUAGAUCACUGCCAGUUUUCCCCCCUGGGAGUAGAUCACAGGCCCUUGGGAGUUGGACGUCCCUGGAAUACACUCAUCAGACAUGUUUAGCAAAUGGCGGUAGUGACCUAUGAGAAUAAGAAAUGCCUUGCUGGAUUGAACCUAGUCAUGCAUUCUGUUCUUGUGGUGGCUAACCAGAUGUGUAUGGAAAAUCCAUACACAGGACCUGAGUACAAGAACUCCCUCCAACUAGUGAUUCCUAGCAGCUGGUAUUUGGAGGCAUGCUGUCUUUGAUACCAGAUGAAAUAUAUAGUCAUCAAAGUUAGCAGCUGUUGAUAGCCUUCUGUGUCAUUAAUUUGUCCAAUUUCCUUUAAAAGCCAUCCAAGUCGUGUGUGAAGAAGUACCUUCUUUUGUCUGCCGUGAGUCUUCCAGCAUUCGGUUUCAUUGGAUGACCCCUGGUUCCAGUAUUAUGUAAGAGAGAGGAAAAAUUCUCUAUCCACAUCCCCCUCACUAUGCAUAGUUGAAUACACCUCUAUCCUGUCCCCCACUCACCUUUUUCAUAAAUGAAAAAGCUCCAAAUGUUCUUAAUAAGAGAAAUGCUUCAGCCCUUUGUUUUGUUGCCCUUUGUGGACUCAGUAAUAUCCUCCUCAAGCUGCGAUGACCCAAACAGUACACAGUAUUCCAAGUGUGAUCCCUAACAUGGAGUUUGCCUUUUAUCACAGCUGCUGCGCCCUGGGUUGGCAUUUUCAUUGAGCUUCCUGCCACAACUCCCAAUAUAUCUCUUCUGGCCACCAUCAGUUCAGAUAAACAACUCACAGGAUGCAGUUUUGGUGUUGUACAAAUAGCUUCAUUGAAACAAGAUUAAGUACAACUUGUGCCAAAUGAACAGUUAUUUUAGAAGCACAGGGCACCCAUUAUCUGUUAUUAUGAACUAAAGGCAAUCUGAAGUUAUGUGUGUAGAAGAACAUGUGUAUUAAGCUACCUAGUGAGAAUUAAAACUUGGAAAUUAUUAGCGUUAAAGGAUAUCUGAGAUGCUUCUAUUAAACUGGGUUUGCCUUGUAUUCCCUUUAUAAAUGGGCUGUUUCCAGAUACCUCUAUAACUUUGAGAUGAGAAAUUCCGUUUUUCUUUCUGAGCAUGGCUCUGUGAUUUUUUGUGUGUGUGUGUGGUUACACAAAGGUAAAUAAAAAUACUUAUGGCUUACUCAUGAGCAAGGCUAAGCACCUGUGUAGAUGCUACAUUGAAUGAUAUUCAAGAGACAUCUUGCUAUGCUAUAUUGUAAUGAGAGCAUAAUUAACUCAGUGACAUGGGUAAUAGUGUAAACAGCUGCUGCAAAGUUCUGGGAGCUUCAGCCAUAGUAAUUUUUCUUGAGAAUUUGCUUACUGCGGUUCAGAUUAAAUUCUUAACUAGAAUUUAGAUAUCAUAUUUAAUGCAUAAUCCUACAAAAUCCCCACAAAACAGCCAGACAGCUCUUCUACUGAUUCAUUCUAAUACUCAUUCAUUGGUAUAUACUGGGCAAAUUACUUGCCUAGUAAUACCAACUGUUUUAGUUCAUGUACUUGCCUGGAGUGUUGAAACAGCUCUGAAGCACUGUUAAUUAAUCGUGCUUGUUUUGGUCGCCAACUGCAUAGGUUUCUUACCUAUGUCUUUGACACCUCUACAAUUUUUGUCACGUUCAUAGUAACAGUGUUUACUUCUGUAAAUACUUUACCACCUCAGACUGCCAAAUCAAGGAAGUCCAAAUUAUGGGGGAAGACUAUAUGUUGUAAGAAAAGUUACAUAUAGGUUGAAUGUAUUUUCUUUCAAAUUUGUCAGAAACUACCCUUGUUCUCAAGAUUUCAGAUGUACUGUGCCUCAGAUUUUAUAGAUGUGCACACUAGCUACGCCUGAUGAAUGUCCCCUUUGUUAACAAUCGGAAUUUGUCUUGCUUUAUUGAUGUUGGGCUUUAACUGUUUUCAGCAGAAUAAGAUGGUUAUCCUAUGUUUGAGAGAAGCAGUGACAUUAUGCUGGAGGAAAUGUUUCCUCUCAAAAGACGUAGAGCGGACGAAAAGUUUCUGAGUGGCUGCCAACUCACUUGGUUUUUAAAAAGGAUUGGGGAAAUUAAUUGACUGUAGGUAUAUAAAAUGGCUAUUAUCCAUGAAAGACAAAUUGACCCCUUAGUAUAGUAGUAGUAGGAGUUGUAUCCUGUUCUGCUGUUUAACUCAAACAUCUACUUGUGCAACAAGACUUCUCCUCUCUUUCAUUCCCUUGUGCACCUUCAAAAUCUACUCCAGAGGAUUGGGGGUAGGCUCUCCAGAGAUUUUGGGUGCACGCAGGGGAGAUGAGAGGAAGACUACAUCCAGUUAUGCCAGCAGAGUGACAUUUUCGCUCAGAACUCAAGAAUUUCCUUGCCGCAUCUGUUCAAGGUCUACCUUGCUCGACAUUCUGUUUCCUAAAAGUGGCCAACCAAAUGUCUUUGAAACCUCAUGAACAGGCACUUCAUGGUGAAUUUAUGGCUAGGCAGUACAUUGAAUGUUCAUUAUGCAUUACUUUACUUGUUGUUCAAUGUAACCAGACAUUUCAAAAUAGGUAUAUUAUAUCAGCCGAUAUUGCAGAGUUAACAAAGCCUGGGGAUAGCACAACGUAAGACUUAACUUCAAGAACAUUAAGUGGCUUUGAAAACCUAUUCCGAGCAUGAUGAUUUAUGGGCAAGUCACUUUGACAUAAGCACAAAUGAGUUUUCGGUCUAUUUUUGAGCAGCAGAACCGAGGGCUUUCUUUCAGCAUCAGUGACAUUUAGGGACUUUUUCAAAGGCAUUUGUUUGUCCCACACCAGCAUGUCUUCUCAUACUAUGUCUUUUUACUUCAACUUAGAAGACCUUUUAUCUGUACUCCAUAAAGAUUUUAACUCUACAUCAUUACGGCUAAAUUGUUCCGAUUAUAAAAUUAUUUAGUACAAUAAUAUUAAAUAAGUUUUGGUUGUAUUGCGCAGGCAUAGCCAAAAUCAUUUAACGACAGAUAAUGGUAAAUUGUACCAAGGGCAAAGAGGAAGGCUUACAUUAUCAUGCGUGGCCCCAAAAAUGUUAGGAGUGUGUUGGGUUACCCAAAGCAAGGACUAUAGAGAGAUGUUAGUAGUGCUAACUUUAUGUUAUAAAAUGACAUAAUUUUAAGGGUUUUGGUUGUUGUUUUCGUUUUCCUUAAAAAAAGAUGAUGGGGCUACCCAAGACCUGCUGCAGAGUGAAUUUAAGGAAAGGCUUCCCCUUCUGAGCACUUUACAGUGGUACCUCGGGUUACAUACACUUCAGGUUACAUACGCUUCAGGUUACAGACUGAAAUAAACCCAGAAAUAGUGCUUCAGGUUAAGAACUUUGCUUCAGGAUAGGAACAGAAAUCGUGCUCUGGCGGCGCGGCAGCAGCAGGAGGCCCCAUUAGCUAAAGUGGCGCUUCAGGUUAAGAACAGACCUCCGGAACAAAUUAAGUACUUAACCUGAGGUACCACUGUACUAAUGUAUUAGCAGACAGCCUAGCUGAGUGCUAGAGUUUCUGUUGCAUUUCGGAUGUUUGUGCCUGAGAGCAGAUACGUAAAGCUAUAGGAAGCAGGGUGGACUAAUUUUAUAUCAAGACCACUUAAUUGGUCUUCAGCUGGUAGAACUGUGGCAGAGAAUUGACAUCCCAGUGCCACUCUCCUUUUUGUUUAUAUUGCUUAAUACGAGGACAAGUAGGAUGGGGGAGAAGGACAGAGUGGGUCAUGAUGGGGGGGGGGGGGAUCCCGAGUCUGAAAAGCUUGAAGACUGCUGAUUUAAAUGUUUUCCUAUUUGUAUUUUAGAUACUUCCUAGACAAAACCACAUAGAAAUCAAUUACUUUCACCAUUAAAGCAUGAUUACACAACCUAAUGUGGUAAUUCAAAACUUGUGCUCACAUGUCAUCUGAAGAGAGAGUUGAGAACAUCUGCAAAAUUAAUGGACUUCUGGUUGACCCUCUAUAAUUACAUUUGAAUCUCUUGAACAAGAGUUGAAGAUAUAAGUACACAAGGCUAUAAGUACACUAGGUGCUAAUGGGGAUAUAGGUCACAUCCUCACCAUACGUUUAAAUCGCUUGGCUUCCCCCAAAGAAUCCUGAGAAUUGUAGGUUGUUUAGGGUGCUGGAAAUUGUAGCUCUGUGAGGGGUAAACUAAAUUUUUCAGGAUUCUUUGAUGGAAACUGUGUGUUAAAUGUGUGGUGUGGAUGUUCCCUAUGGCACUAUUUUCCAUGGGACAGAAAGUAAAUGUUCUGGUUGGCUGACAGAUAGUCAUAAAUAUUUGAGAAAGGAAACAUUGAGCUCAAGAUGUUCAGUGGGCUGUAUAGCAGCCUUCCUGAUGGGAUGAUGUACUCCAGACAUCUGAAGGGCACCAGAUUGGGGAGGGCUGGCAUAUACAGUAUGAGAACACUCAAGCUUCCUCUGUGAAUGAAUGACCCUGUUGAGAUACAGAGUGAUGUUUCCUGGAAGCAGGGGCAGGAGCUGGAUCUUAAUACCUGUGAUAGGUCCCUGCGGCUGCUGUUUCAAGCCCCUGAUAGUAAUCAGUUUGUGGCUGUUUUGUGCUAAAUUGCAGUGCUUGGCAAUCAAAAGGCAGAUAUCUUUCCCCAUCGUUUUUUUUCUUCUCAUGGAAAAGCAGUCUUCAACCAGCUGCCCCCCCCUGCUCCCCCCCCCCGAUUGUGUUUUGCUAUUGCACAGCAUUAAGUGAUGCCAGUUGCGUGCGUAAUCGAUAGCAUUUUGGCAAGGGUUAAAGUCUUGUCUCUGCUCAUUUCUCACGAGAGAGAUUGGGAAGCUGUUUAAAGGUCUCUCUCAAAGUGCCUAUCGAGAGUAUCUUUGGCUGUCGAUACAAAAUAGAUUUGCGUCAGAUUCAGUUUGUAGUGUCCGAAAAUAAUGGAGUUAUUUGAUGGGUCUUAUCUCAUUAGCGUGCUAUACCAAUGAGAGAGUGUGCUGUUUACCCACUCAGACUCUGAACUUCUUGGAAGCAGUAUUACAGAACUUACAAACCAUCACUUUAUUUUUCCUGCUCUGAUCCCAAUUUACAGUGGAAUGUAUGUAUAUUCAUAGCUCUAAUGAAGGAUUUGGCAUUAUAGCUAUUUGGGCUCAAUAAUAUGAAAUCUAAUCUGACAUGUUUGGUCUUGAUUGUUACCAGCUAUGAGAGUCUCUUUCAGUGAGUUAAAGGAAGUGAAUAUUGAUAGUUGCACUAUGCUGGUUCAACUGGUUUUGACACCUAUCCAAAAUUGACUCUCUUAGUUUUGCAUGAAACCAUGUGUUGUAGUGAGAGGACUCAACAGACAACAUUUGCGAUGUACCUUGUGGUGACUGCAAUUAAUUUUUCACUAUCUCUCUCUGCCUGAUGGUGCAAUGAAUUGGUUGGGGAUCAAUUGUUAUUGGAAUAAUUGAUCCAUCUUCUCUGGAUUUAAGUCAGACAUUUAUGGGCAAGUAAAGUAUAAAUUUUAUAAAUUAUUUCCUUUGAAGUUUUCUGUGCAGCCAUUCCAAAGGGGCAAGCCACUUUACCUGUUCAGAACAACUGCAUGGUGUACCUCAGCAAUGUUGGCGGUUGGGGACAAGUACAGUUCAGACUGGUGGAGAAUUGUACAUAAAAAUCAAACUUCCUAUAUGUAGAAAUUGAGCACACCCUAAAGUGUGCUCCCAAACUCUUUUUUUCUCAAUUGAAAAUAAAAGUGCAAUUUAGAACUAAUAUGAAUAUCACUGUAAUGGAUGUGCUCUCUCCCAUUUUCAACCACAAAUUCAUACACACCACAUAAAUAAAUAAAUUUGGCUGUGCUGUUGUGAGCAGGUGAGAGCAAUUUAAAUGUAUAUGGACAUUUUCACCAGAAGUGCAGAAAAACUCUCAAGGGAGGGAGAUUUUGUGGGGUGGGGGUGAAGGCACUGCCAAAAUGUUUUUUAAAAUAAUGAGUAGUUUUGACUUAGUGCUACUUUAAAAAAUAUUUUUCACCUUUAUGUUCUGCAGCAUUUAAUUCUCAGUGGGAUUCAAAGUGUUUUAAGCGCUUCCAAAAUGCACAUGCUUAGCUGAGUUAUUUUUUAAAGACCUUAUCUUGCAAGAAAAAACACUGAAGAUGGCCAGGUGUGUGGCUAAAAGCAUGUGGGAAUUCUUUUUAAAAAAGGUUUCUAAUAUUCUGCUUCAGAUGGGCUUCCUUCUCGGCACUCAAAGCUCAUGAAGUUUCCAUGGCAAUAUUCUCUUUUGCUAAAGGUUACCAGAAAAUUACACUUAAUGGCUUUAUUGGCAAUACAGAUCAAUUUCACUUCCCAGAUUUACUGUUGUCUUACAACAUAGAAGCAGUAAUUCUGGCCAAUUAAUUUUCAUCUGGUGUGUGUUUAACAAAGUAGCAGUCUUCUCUUACAUAUAAAGUGGUGGCAGUCCAAAGACAGAUGGUGACAUCCCUCGUCUGUCCAUUUCACCACCCUCCCAUUUCCCACGACUGCUGUUUAGCAAGAGGACUAGACUUGAUAAUGCCAGGGCCAACCCAACCAUAAGGCACACUGCACACUUAGGUGGUGGAACCCCAAUGGAGUGGCACCUCAUGGGCACCCCACCAUAGCUGUCAAGCGUCCCUUAUUUGGCGGGACAGUCCCUUAUCCCAGCGCCAUGUCCCGCUGCAGUCCCUUAUUGAUGAUGUCCCUUAAAUUUCCCGGGUUUUAAAGGAAGCAGCUCCUCUCCCUCCCUCCCUGCCGGCCAGGGAGGAGGGAGGCUCCAACUGUGUUGCUUGGCUGCGUUGCUCACCCAAUAAGGAGUCUAAGAACGACUGGGGGGUGGAGCUUGCAUGCCUUGUGCCGAUCAAAUCGGCCACGUUGCCUGGGGACUCGCCUUUGCUCAGCGCUUCCCAGCGGAGAGGUGACGGUGGUUUUCCUUGCUGCAUCCCCUUUGCUGGGUUGCUGCGCUAUGGGAACCACCACUUGAGGCUUCGUUUGGCUGCUGGUUGACUAAAAUCCCUUAUUUUGGCUGCUGAUCCCUUAAUUUGAGGCUGCUGGUCCCUUAUUUUCAAAUCUGUAAGUUGACAGCUAUGCACCCCACCUGCCACCACCAGAUUAAAGGAGUAGCGGCGGUGGGGGGGACGGCAAUCUGUUGCUGAUGCUGGGAUAACAGUGGGAAGGCUUCUGCAGUGGCACUGGAGACUCCCAAGUAAAACGUGCAUGGAUUGGGGGCCUCAUUGACUAAAGCCGCGUGUGCGUGAUUAAGGCUAGGGUGAAAGGGCUGCUUUUGUUAUAAAAGUAGCACUGUUUAAACUAAGUUUAAAUCCAGCACAAUACUUUACAUAACGCGUCCUACACACACAUAUGCUGGUAUUUGAAAAUAUUCAUUAUUCUCAUGACUUUGGGUUUUGGUGGCCAUUGCAGGGGCUGAGCCCCAUUUAUGUCUGUGGUGUCCAAUUAAGAAUUGCUGUUGAAAAUAUGAUAUUAACCAUGUGUCACUGAUGUGAAUAGUGAAUUACCGUAUUUUUUGCUCUAUAAGACUCACUUUUUCCCUCCUAAAAAGUAAGGGGGAAUGUGUGUGCGUCUUAUGGAGCGAAUGCAGGCUUUGCAGCUAUCCCAGAAGCCACAACAGCAAGAGGGUUGCUGCUUUCACUGCAUAGCGAUCCCUCUUGCUGUUCUGGCUUCUGAGAUUCAGAAUAUUUUUUUUCUUGUUUUCCUCCUCCAAAAACUAGGUGCGUCUUGUGGUCUGGUGCGUCUUAUAGAGCGAAAAAUAACUGUAGUUCAUGCAUUUCGAAAGAAUAAAUAGAAAGUGCUGCUGAACGGGGGUGGGGGUGGGGAAUGGCAACUAGCUAUUCUGUUUUUGCUUCCGUAACCUAGGUUCCAGAAGCCAUUUCUAUUCCCAGUUUCUAACACAGGCAUGUGCCCACUCCACCCCCCACUGGUAGAAGUGGCUCCUCAGGAAGAACGAGGCCUAAGAAAAACAGGGCAUAGACCUUGAUUUUUGAUUAGUAGGAAUCUUGUAGCCAUAAAUGCAUAAUGUAACAAAAUUCUUGGUGAACUUAAUUGGCUUUUUUUGGUUGAACCUUGAGCAGUUUUCUUUCUGCAUGAUGGGGUACCAUAUACUCUUAAUUCCAUUAGUCCUGUAUUUUGUUACAAAAAUCAACCAUUUUUAGUUCAAGUUGUUAUACAGGUCUGCUCAUAAUUCAGUUUGAAUGAUUCCAAAUACCACAGCUUUCUUAUCUGUUAAGCAAAAUGACCAGUUGAACAACAUCUGUUAGUAAUAGUUAACAAUAAAUCUAUACAGUUGGUCUAGAGAACCAACGGACAUAUAAAGGGUUUAGGAAAAUAGCAAAAGUAAAUCUGCGAGUGGUUAUUUUAACAAGAACCAAAUAUUCAUUUAAGAAGUGGAGUUUGAACAUUAGCAAUAUGCUAUAGGAUAUUUAGAAUAAAUGAGAAGUUUUCACCAGGUCUUAAAUGUCAGCUCCUGCAUCACUUGGAUUUGUGUGGAAGUCUGCCAUGGCCUUUCACAAGCUAAUGAGGACAGAAUUCCACUCGCGUACCCUAGGCAGCAGAGCUAAAAAUAACUUAUUAGGAAUAUCCUGCCCCAAUUAGUUCCCUAGAGGAAAAGGAGUCAAAUUUGCUUGAACAAUUGUCAUUCAUAUUAAUGAUUCCAAAUUCUCAGUUUAAAUGGGAUGGGGGCAUUAGAAAAAUAAAAAUGGAUUUGUUUCACCGAAGCAGCAUUUUGUGCCAGACUCUCGCUUAGCGUCUUAUUUUGUUUUCCAGUUGUGUAUAGCAUUGGGCUGCUCGUUUUCUACUGUGCUGCCCUUAUUCUUAAGCAUGUUCAGCCUAGGAUCCAGAGUUUGUAAUGAUUACGGCACUUUGGCAGUUCACUCCUAACAAGCCACCUGAGUCCUUGACUAUGUAAAUCCGGCUACUAUGCCUGGUAAAGCUGCACUGACCCCUUGUCUAAUUAUAAGCAGGUGUCUCGUUGCAGUUUGCCCUUCCAUGUGGGCUAGUAGCUUCUGUAGACACAAAGGUCUUUUAACUAGUCUCCCAGUCCCUUGCACCCUUUAUCAAGCCAAGUCAUCUGUAAAGCCUUCAUCAAAGUGAAGUCUCUUUCUGACCAGUACAGAUGGUAACCCAUUAUUGUUCCCAAUUUAUUACUGCAGCAGAAAUCAAAAGGGCACAGUCUUAGGGAGGAGAGAACCCCUUAAAAAAAUAAAAAUAAAAUUGAACUUAAAGCUAAGGCAUGCUCAGAUGCACUCACCGUUCUCUACUUUCGAUGCAUUUUUUACUCAGUACCACACACAAAUUCAGUAACAUUCUGAAACCCCUGAAAGAGGAGCUUCUGGUACUAUCUUGGAGCAUCUCAGAAUGUUAUGUUAAGAUUUUUCAUUGAGCAAGGAUGCCAACUUGAAUAAAAUAUGGGGGGGGGCAGGUAAGCCCCGCCCUGCAAAACCCAUCAGAAGAUGCAGCAAACACAUACCGUUUGAGUGUCCAUUAACUUUGGGGGCCCCCGUUCACCUCAGAUAUGGGGGUGGGGGCUGAAGAGACCUCCGAGCCUAGGAGUUGGCUCCUAUGUCUUUGAAUAUUUCACAGUUUCUUGUGUGAACUCCAGUCCUAAACAAUCCUUUCAUUGUUUGCAUAGCCACUUGGGGCCAUUUAGAAUAUUACUCAGCAACAGAAUUGGUUUGUCACAAUGUACGUGCUCAACAAGAAGACAGUCGUGGUUUUAUGACUGUUGUGUCAGUGUGUUGUAGUGGUUAAGAGUGGUAGAUUUGUAAUCUGGUGAGCUGGGUUCGCGUCUCCGCUCCUCCCCAUGCAGCUGCUGGGAGACCUUGGGCUAGUCACACUUCUCUGAAGUCUCUCAGCCUCACUCACCUCACAGGGUGUUUGUUGCGGGGGAGGAAGGGAAAGGAGAUUGUUAGCCGCUUUGAGACUCCUUCGGGUAGUGAUAAAGCGGGAUACCAAAUCCAAACUCUUCUUCUUCUUCUUGUGCUUGAAGCGUGUGUUUCUCUUAACUAUUUGGGGUUUUUUGCAGUUGUACUUUACAUUGUUAGGUGUAUGCUUAAUGCAUCUUAGGUGUGCACCCAAACAAAUAAAAAUCAGUGAAAUGGCCCUUAUCAUCCAAUAGCUGAGAAGCCCUGAGAGUUGGCUGAUAUUCUUUCAACUUUCUUCCACUUCUAAUCAAAUAUCUUAACAGACAGCGACAGAACAGAAUUUAGGGUCAUUUACCUCUAGUGAACCGGCCGCCAGACUCUAUUCUCUUUUAUGGAAAGUUCCAGCUUUUGAAGCAUAUCUGUCACCACUGUGGGUUCAUCUUUCCCCUUUAUUAUGGGAGGGUCCUUAGCUCAGUGUCAGAGACUGGUCAGUGAAUGCCAGCUGACUGCUUUUUAUUUAACUGUGCUUCAGAGAAGCUGCCUUAGUAAAAUUGCUUUCAAAAAUCAUUUCUGCUUUUCAUAGGCACUGUUGCUUUAAUUUCAUGACCCUGGUAUUUCUGGAUAAAAGCCAAAGGAGAAAAGGGUGGGAUUCAACUAAUGGGUUCCAUCAGUGGAAGUCCUAUGAGAAGAUUUUCUCUUGUGCAAUGGGGCUCCCCUCCCACUAUGGGGGGGGGGGGGCUUUGGAAAAAUCCCUGCAACAGCAUGCGGGAGGAGAAAGGGGAAAUAGUUCUGUCUGGUAAGCCAUAAUGCUUGCCCUCCCAGAACAUAGUUAAAAGUUAAAAGCUAUGGGUGGUAGUCAGUUAAGUUUUACUCAUAGUAGACCAAUUGAACUUAAUGAACAUUGGUUUCAAUAAGUUUACUCUGAAUAAAACAUAGCAGACUGCUAUCCCAAGUUAUUUGUUUAUAAUUUUUUAAAAAGUUAAUUUCAUUUGUGAUUAGCUCAGCUAUCAAGCAAGUUGAUGAAAAUACCCUUUUGUUCUAAAAAUGCUUUUAAAAUAUCUGGCCAGUAUUUGGCAAAUUUUACAAAUCUGUUUUCACCUGUCACUCAGUACAUGGAUGCUUUUCAGUUUGGUCCCUGAUAUCUCUAGUUAAAGACUCUCUAGAAGCAGAAUAGGCCUGGAAAAGAUGCAGUACCUGCCUUUGAAAGUCACUGCUCCUUCAAGGCAUCUGGGUUAGAUUUGGUAGACAUGGUAAAGAAAAGCUUCACAGGCUGUUUUUCUUUUUUGAUUAUGGAAGUGGGUCAUUUGAAAAAAUUGUGUGCCCAAAAGAGAGAAAGUGUGAAAAGUGAAACUUGCAUGGUUGCAUCCAAGAUUCAUUUGUCUUGAUUCUAGCUUGGUUUGUUUUUUAAAGGACAGAUCUUUGUAAUUUUCUGUCCAUAAGCAAGAGCUUUGCUGAGGGGGGUGGGUUCACACCUUGCAUGGGAAGUACCUUAACAAUGAAUGCUCUUUGUUGUGAUCCAGAGUUGCGGCUGAGCCACACUUGCUGCAAACCACAUAAACAAAUUGAAUUAGCCAGGAUAGGGAGAAACUCGGUAAUGGCUGUAACAGCAUUUACAAAUGUUGAAGUGAUGUGCUUUUCCCUGACUCAGGCGUUACUUAAAUAAAGCAGGAACUGUCUUAUUCCACAGGCCAUCAGUUGUAAAGGGCAGCACAGUAUAUCCUACACGUUGUCAAGAAGCCAGACGGUGGUAGUGGAAUAUACACACGACAAAGAUACAGAUAUGUUUCAGGUAAGUGCAUUUGCAUGACCUAAAAACAGCUGUUUGUGGGCUUUUAUAGCGUAUUCCCUGUGUGAAGAUGUCCUGAAAUGGCUUACGGAAAUGGUGUCCUGGAGUACAGGGUUUAUUCUCAGGUGUUGCUCUCUCUGAAGGAAGGGUCUUACCUGCUGGUUCCUACAUGGGCAGGUUGCACAUUGGUUUUCGAAGUGCACACUGGGAAGCUUUGGUACAAGUACAUGCAGCAAAGUUUGUGCUUUGUGUGUCAUAUGUGACUGCACACUAACUACUUGCAUGCUUGUUUUUCUGACACUGAAAAGCUUUCCCACUAUCUCACUCUGAACUGUCACAGCUCUUUUUUUGCUCAGUGUGUCAUCCUUUCAAAAUCCACUACUGGCUUUUGUUGUUGGCAAAAGUGUAAAGGCAUUCUACAGGCCUUUCAAUAAUAAUCUUGAGCCUGGACUGUGUCCCACUCUUGCUCUUUUGAAAGCACUCCCAGUGGGAACUGGUGGUGGCUGCAUUAUUUAUACUUUCAUUUAGUGAUGCUCUCUAGGUCUUUCCAAUGACAUAUUCAUUCAGCAGUAAAUAUACUGAGUUACAGAUGCUCAAAAAUAGGUUGUUGGUUUUCUUCCAGGAGCACCAACAAAGCCAUUACUUAAACGCAUUGUUUCAGAUUUUCAUUCAUGGCAGAGGUAGUUCUGGAGUGUUUAGACAGUGGGUGGGUUCAUCAGUUUUUCUUUGUUCCUGCAUGUACCUAGAUUCAGUUAAAAUACUUUCUGCCACAUCCCUAUGUGCUUCACAGCGAUGAGAGGUCUCUUGUGCUUUCAAAGCACAGUGCAUACUAGAAUAUUGUUUGUUAAUUUGAAAACCUGCCUGUCUUUUGGAAAACUCAGCAUAUUACAUGGAGCUCCCAGUGUUGUCCUACUCUUCCACCAUGCGGGUCCAUUUCUCUUUAGAUUCACUAGUGUUAGGGGAUUAGAUGCUUCUUGGUCCAUUCACAGUCAUGAUGUAUACAGUACUAUCUUAUGCCACACAAAAUACUGUAUUUCUAUGCUGUGAACCAUCCUGAGAUCUAUGAAUAAAGGGCAGUAUACAAAUUUUAUUAAUUUAUUUAUUAGUAAUAUGCGAUCCUAUACAUAUCUAAGGGGACGUGGGUGGUGCUGUGGUGUAAACCACUGAGCCUUGGGCUUGCUGAUCAGAAGGUUGGUGGUUCGAAUCCCCGCGACGCGGUGAACUCCUGUUGUUCCGUCCCAGCUCCUGCCAACCUAGCAGUUCAAAAGCUCGUUAGAGUGCAAGUAGAUAAAUAGGUCCUGCUCCGGCAGGAAGGUAAAACGGCGUUUCCGUGCGCUGCUCUGGUUUCGCCAGAAGCAGUUUAGUCAUGCUGGCCACAUGACCCGGAAAAACUGUCUGCUGAGAAACGUCGGCUCCCCCGGCCAGUAAAGCGAGAUGAGCGCCACAACCCCAGAGUCGUUCGUGACUGCACUUAACUGUCAGGAGUCCUUUACCUUUAUACAUAUCUGGGCUUUCUGAGAAUGCCAUUUUGUACUGAAAAUGCAAGGCUUAUGUUUGGGAUAAAUAUGUCUAAAAUGAGUUGACAGUUCAUCGGUUCAUAAACUGUAGGAUUUUCAGCUGGGUUCGAUUUGUUUUGGGGCAGGGAGAAAUCCAGGCUGAGUCCUUUAAAAGAGGCCCCAUGGAUACAGAGUACACAUGUUCCACGGGGCAUUUUUUAAAAGACUCACCAUGUACAAUGGACCACAUUGGCUCCCUUUACUCCAGCACCCUGUGGUCUUGCUUUGAUCACCCCACUUGAGCCAAAGUUGUUGAAUAUCUUCAAGGAGUGAAGUGGUUGUGUUAUGCUAGAUCGAAUAGCAGACAAUGUGUGAAGCUUUCUAGGCGAUUUAUCUUACAAAUGUUGGACUAUUACAGUUGGCCUUUAGACAUAGAGGGGCUGGUAAUUCCUUAACUGUUGAACUAAGAACAUAAGAAGAACCUGCUGGAUCUGCCAGUGGCCCAUAUAGUCCUACCCUGUUCUCACAGCCGCCAGCCAGUUUCCCCCCCGAAUCCUGCAAGCAUUUUUUUUAAAGAAAAAGGGGGUGGAAAGGGACAGGCACCCGGGAAUAAAAACUUUGGCAAUCCCAUCCACCACUGAACCCGAUGUGUUUUGACAAUACACGAUUUUGGCUUUAUGCGCUAUUCCUGGACCAUAAUCCCAGCGUAAAUUGAAAGUCACCUGUACUAUAUUUUCAUCUUUUCUACAGAGGUGCUUGAUUAGCAUUUUAGUAGAAUAAAGUAAGAAGGCUUAUCUUCUCUACCCUGUCUUCCGCAGCAAAUAUUUCUAGCAAAUAAUAAAUCCGGCAGAAUUUUGCAGUUAGAAUGUUUCCUAAACUCAAAUGACACAGCAAAACAGCACAACCCUGUACCUUGGUAGUCAAUGUCAAAUAUUAGAAGACAGCUUUAAAUAGAAUUCUCUUUUUUGGAAGAAAGAAUCCAUGCGAUUCAGAUAUUUAAUCUGAUAUUUAAUUUGCUGCAUGUUUCUUUCCAAAUCUUAGAUGCACAGAGACUCAACUUAAAAUCUGUUGAUUUCCUUGCUGUUGUCUAGGAAGUUCAUAAUUCUGGUUUAUGGCAUAGCUCCAAGAAGCAACAUUAGUCUCUUCAAGAGCAAGACAAAUAUAUAUUACUUUUACUGCAGUUAAAGCAGUAACAGAAAUUCAGGGCUUGCCACGUUCAUUUUCACCCAUCACAGUGUUUCUGCAGCUGAGCAAUCUGUAAUAGUUUUUAUGCCAUAACACACCACUAAUAUCUCUUCUUUUAAUAAGUGAAACAUUCAAGUGCAGCCGUUGACAUCUUGAUGCCAAAAGGAGUCAAGUAAUACCAAUGAAGCAGAAAAUUUGGGGAGGGCUUAAGCUCAGUGGUAGAGCAUCUGCCCUGUGUGUGCCAGUGUGGUGUAGUGGUUAAGAGCGGUAGUCUCGUAAUCUGGGGAACCGGGUUCGCGUCUCCGCUCCUCCACAUGCAGCUGCUGGGUGACCUUGGGCCAGUCACACUUCUUUGAAGUCUCUCAGCCCCACUCACCUCACAGAGUGUUUGUUGUGGGGGAGGAAGGGAAAGGAGAAUGUUAGCCGCUUUGAGACUCCUUAGGGUAGUGAUAAAGUGGGAUAUCAGAUCCAAAUGUGUGCAGAAGGUCCCAAAUUCAGUUCCUAGUAACUCCAGGGCUGGAAGGGACUCCAGCCUGAAACCCUGGAGAGCCACUUCCAGUUAGUGUAGACAGUACUGAGCAAGAUUGAGCAGUUUUCUGACUCAGUAUAAGGCAGCUUCUUACAUUUCUGUGCUCCUAAAAUAUUUCAUAGAAAGGUGGAGCCAUGAGCACGUAUGCAUGCUACAAUAUAGCUCCCUCUCUGUGUGAAAUGAUUUCCUCCUUAGCAUUUAGUGAAAGGCGCUGUGGCCUAAACCACAGAGCCUAGGACUUGCCAAUCGAAAGGUCGGUGGUUCGAAUCCCCAUGACGGGGUGAGCUCCCGUUGCUCGGUCCCUGCUCCUGCUAACCUAGCAGUUCAAAAGCACAUCAAAGUGCAAGUAGAUAAAUAGGUACCGCUCUGGCGGGAAGGUAAACGGCAUUUCUGUGCACUGCUCUGGUUUCGCCAGAAGCAGCUUAGUCAUGCUGGCCACACGAACUGGAAAUACUGUCUGUGGACAAACGUCGGCUCCCUCGGCCAGUAAAGCAAGAUGAGCGCCAGGGUCAUUCGCGACUGGACUAACUGUCAGGGGUCCUUUACCUUUACCUUUUAAAAGACGUUAGGAGACAUUCAUUCUUGUGCUAAGAUAUUUUUCUACCAUGGCAAGCAAUUUCAGCUUGUCAGAUAGAGUGACCCCCCACCCACCAAUGAACCAUGCUGUUCUGGGCGUUCUCCCCCCAAAAGACCAGAAACUAUUUUGGGGGGAGCCAUGCGAGGAGAGGAGGAGGAAAGUCCCACUGAGAAGGCCUUCUGCUAAUGGAAUUCAUUAAUUGAACCCAUUGUGUUAUAAUUUGUAUACUAGGGUGUCUUAAAAGUAAUUCAGGAUCACUUAACAUUGGUUUGUAGAGUGGAUCUUAUAAAUCUAAAAACAGACAUAAGCUUUUAUACAUUUUUGUGGGGAGUGGGGGGAUCUUCUGAGGGGCUUGCUUUUAUUACAAGCCAUUCAAAUUUUGAAGGUACCCCAUGUAACUAAAACAGUUUUAGAAUGAGAGCAAGAUGCCUACUUACGUUAAUUGUUGAUUUGUGGAUAAUACUUGAAUCUACCUGAAUGUACAAGUUACCCAUAGAUUUUGCUUAUUUAAGGUUUCACAUGCUCUCACAUUGCAUAGUUCUCCAAAGAGUCAGUCAGUCAGUUUAUUGUGUUUUAGCAAACAACCUUUCUAGACACAAUGUAUAAUGUAACAGUAUCAUCUAAGGUAUUUCUCUAAAAUAUGUUUUCAAUGUCUUCAGGUUGGCAGAUCGACAGAGAGCCCCAUAGAUUUUGUUGUAACAGAUACAAUUUCUGGCAGUCAAAAUGGUGAUGAAACUCAGAUCACCCAAAGCACCAUCUCCAGGUUUGCUUGCCGCAUUGUCUGUGAUAGGAACACACCAUACACUGCCAGAAUCUUUGCAGCAGGAUUUGACUCUUCUAAAAACAUAUUCCUUGGGGUAAGUACAUGUAGUUUCUCUGCAGGCCUCUCUGUCAUGAUAACUUGUUGCAUAAACCAGCCCUCUUAUCACAACAUGAUGGCUGUUUGCUGGCAUUCAACUGCAGAUUAUUUUUUCUUAAUAUUAACACAUAGUACAUAGGAAACUGUCAGAUUAUUUUCCAUCUAGCCCAGCAUAGUCUACUCUGAGUGGCAGCAGCUCUGCAGUGUCUCAGUCCAAAAUCUUUCCUAUCACUUGCUACUUGAUCUUUUUAACUGGAUAUUCCAGAAUAUCAAUUUGGGAUCUUCUCCAUGCAAGACUAUGUGCUGCAUCAUGAGCUAAUGUCACCAUAGAAAAAUCUGGAAGUUGGAUUGAUUAAUCUCACCCUUUGCUUCCUCAUUGCAAUGUGGAAUCAAGUGCCCAGUUGGGCAAAAUUGACGAUAGAGGAGGUGAUGGAAUGCUAGUGGAAUUGCAGAAAGGCCCAUCCUUCCAUAUGCUUGAGAGGUGCUGGAACUGCUAUCUGUAAGCUUGGUUACCAGGCUAAAAGAAGAGGUCCAGCAACUUGAGGCCCACCUGUCCACACUUCAAGCCACCGGGUAACAUGAGGACAUUCUUGCUAGACUAGAGUGGACUGUCCUGGAACAGAGAUGUAGGCAGAGUACCCCUAGGGAGGAGGAAGAUUGCCCAAUUCAGGAGACAAUCCUCUGGAGGAACAUGACACAAAAAGUAGGACUAUCAGGAGCAUGCUGUGUCUCUGGAGCUACAAAAUUGAUUCUAUGCCCUCACCUCGGACACUGAUUCUUGGCCAGAGAAGCAAGAACAGUGGUUGCAGACCUCAGAACACAUCAAGGUGGCAGCAGAAGGUACAGCAUACAGAACGAUUCCUGCUACUUCCCAGAGAAGGAAGAGACGUGUGGUGGUGGUGGCAGGUGACUCCUUAUUGAGUGUUAUAGAGGCAGCAGCAGUGUGUUUCAUGGUUUCAGUUGUCUCUACACAAAUGCACAGAGUAUGAGAAACAAGCAAGAAGAAUUCGGAAUUUAUGUGAUGUGAUUUAAUUUGAUUUGAUUGGCCGGUUAAUAAAAAUUAUUUUUUUUAAAAAAAGAGAAACAAGCAAGAAGAACUUGAGCUCUUAACACAUGUAGGCUGCUGUGGUGAGACUCAUGAAUGGAAUGUAGAAAUUGAAGGGUACAACCUGCUCAGAUGGAAUAGAUCAAACAAGAAGGGAGGAAGAGUAGCAAUAUAUGUAAAUGAUGUGUACACUUGUGAAGAGAUCCAUGGCUUGGAACAUGGAAGGCUGAUUGAGAGUAGGGAAGGAGGCAGUUUUUUCAGAUAGUUGGGGCUAGGCUGUUUAGGACUUUAAACACUAAUGCGAUUUUCUUUCUGUCCCUUCUGAUAUAGAGGCAAGCUGUUUUUUUAGCCAAACUAUUAGUAAUAGUUGUAAUUGUGUGCAGAUGUUUACUUUGCUGUUCUGUGCUAAAUGUUGAGUUUAGAAUUCGAAGCAACCCUUCCUUUAUUAGCUUACUUGUGGUUGCAACCUUGAAUACCGUUACAAGUUUUGAAUGUGGAAAGGCUGAGUAAUUUAUCUUUUAUUUCUUCCUGUGGCCUUCUGUAUAGGAAAAAGCAGCAAAAUGGAAGAAUCCCGAUGGACACAUGGAUGGAUUAACAACCAAUGGCGUUCUAGUCAUGCAUCCAAAAGGAGGGUUCACUGAAGAAUCAAAACCGGGAGUCUGGCGGGAAAUUUCAGUUUGUGGUGAUGUGUAUACUCUGCGUGAAACAAGAUCUGCUCAGCAAAGAGGCAAACUAGUAAGUUGGGUGUCGGAGCCAGCCGUUACAAAUGGCGCAAUUUUGCAUAAAAUAAAGACCCAGAGAGCCAGCAAUAUUUUCAGGAUGGUAUGAGCAGCUCCUUUCGAACUUCCCUCUCCUCCUGCAGCUUUUUUAUUAUCCUUUGUCUCUCUCCAGCCGCAUGGCCGUUUGCCAAUGUCUCACGUUACCUCAUCCGGUCAAGGCUUUAACCCACCCACAAACCAUAUAAGGUCAUCACUGUCCAGAGGAAACACAACUCCAAUACAUUCCAAUACAUUGUAAAGCUCAGAGUGCUGGUCAGCCGAGGUCAGGGGGCACCCUGCAAUAUUACAAGCCUUUACUGUGGCUUUAUGACUCCCACAGUUGGGAAGUUCAUGAUAGCGGUUUUAUUUCAAAACUUUCUAGCCAUAUUUCUCCAUAUUACUCAAAUUGGCUUCCAUAUGAAAAGAAACCAUAAUUAAAAUUGCAACCUAGAUAGCAUAAGGAAUAAAGCAACAGAAACAAUACAGCAAACAAAGCACUAAUCCUCUAGUCCUAAAGAUCUCCUAAAUAAAAGUGUUUUAGCACCAGGAGAAAGGGGCCAGACAGACCUAGCUGGCAAUCCUUGAAAGUGUGGUAGCACAGUUAAUUAUUGAGAUAACAGCCCUUAAGAUAUAAUAAUAAUUGAAUAAAUAUUAUGCUGCCCGUCUGGGUUGCCCCAGCCACUCUGGCCAGCUUCUAACAAACUGUAAAACUACAGUAAAAAUAUACUGAUCCUAGGCCUAAAGCUCAAUGCUGCCAUUUUCAAUUAAGUAUAGAAGUACCUAAUAAGCCACUGAAGUUGGGGUAAUAAUUCUGUUGGGUGCCCUCACACCAGCUUCCAGCUAGGACUCUUGAUGUUUUGUACUACUUGUAGCCUCAGUGGCAGCCCCAAUAGAGCAUGUUGCAGUAAUCUCACCUUGAUGUUACGAAAGUGUACAUGAUGGUAGCCAGGUCUUUCCAUACCACUGGGAAUUGUGCCUUACUGGGCUCACAGUGGUUGCCUUGUGGUAUGUUGCAGGUUAACUUGAAUGGUGUCUUAAUGUUUUGUCCUAUCCUGUGGCCUUAUAAGGGAGGGAAAAAAUCCAUCUUGCUCCAAAAAUGGAAUGUCUCCUGAAUGCUAGGCAGAAAAUGCUGCUUUACAUUCUUCUCAGCCUGCAGUUUCUGUGAUGGAUGGUUCUGACCAUGACUGUGAGAGUCUGCAGUAUGACCUUUCUGCUUCAUUUAAAUCCAAACUUGUUGCUGAUGAAUUGUGUGCCAAAAGAACAAAAGUUUUAGAAGAGUUUUAGUUUUGAACACAAAGCGCGUGACAAUCUUGAAGUAAUUCUGGCCUUGUCUCCUAAUAAGCUGAAUGUGUGAAGACAUGGCUGUUGGUGAUCUCUUGCACUUUUUGGCCACAGUGUGUACAAUUGUGGCCAGACUCACUGUGCAUGCAUAUAUAGUGAUAUCUCAGGUUACAGAUGCUUCAGGUUACAGACUCCGCUAACCCAGAAAUAGUACCUCGGGUUAAGAACUUUGCUUCAGGAUGAGAACAGAAAUCGCAUGGCAGUGGCACGGCGGCCGCAGGAGGCCCCAUUAGCUAAAGUGGUACCUCAGGUUAAGAACAGUUUCAGGUUAAAAACGGACCUCCAGAAUGAAUUAAAUUCUUAACCCGAGGUACCACUGUACUCUUGCCAACUUGCCAUGUCAUGCCUCUGACAAAGUGGGCUUUCUUACAGUAAAUGUGUUUAGACUUAUAAGAGGCCACAAGACCCUUGCCACAACAACAUAGUAUCAUGGCUAUCCUGCGGGAUCUGUCAAAAGAUAUUACUCUUGUUUAUGCAGUUAACAUCAGUUUACAUGACACAUUGAGUGACAUGUGCAUUGUAAGUUCCAUUACUUUUGCCUAAUUUAGCAGUAAGCAAGACAACAACAGUUGAGGAGGAAAUGGAGAUACCAGGACAGAAAGGAAUUUGGAUUUGCUUUUUUUGUUUAAUCUGUAGCAGCUUGCUGUAGAGGAGGGGCUAUUGCAUCAACAUUUCUACAUAAAAUCCAUGUAGGAGAACAGAAGGAAGCUGAACGCUACAUUGGAUGUACAAGAGGCUGACAGAAAAGGGGUGUGUGUGUGUGGAAAACGCAUUGUGUGGAGUGGGGUCACUUCGCUUCAGAGUGAAUUAGCUGUCAAACCGUUCUCCAUCUCCGUCUGCCCUUUUAGGUGGAAAAUGAAACCAACGUCCUGCAAGAUGGUUCUCUCAUUGAUCUGUGUGGAGCCACACUCCUGUGGAGAACAGCAGAUGGUUUAUUUCAUACACCGACUCAGAAACACAUAGAGGCUCUACGGCAAGAGAUCAAUGCAGCGAGACCCCAGUGUCCCGUGGGGCUGAACACGCUGGCGUUUCCCAGCAUCAACCGCAAGGAAGUGGUGGAAGAGAAACAGCCCUGGGCUUACCUCAGCUGUGGCCACGUCCAUGGCUAUCACAACUGGGGGCACCGUAGCGACACAGAAGCCAACGAGCGUGAGUGUCCUAUGUGCAGAACCGUUGGUCCCUAUGUGCCUCUCUGGCUCGGGUGCGAGGCAGGCUUUUAUGUUGAUGCUGGUCCGCCAACGUAUGCUUUCACCCCUUGUGGGCAUGUGUGCUCCGAGAAGUCUGCCAAAUACUGGUCCCAGAUCCCACUGCCACAUGGUACUCAUGCGUUCCAUGCUGCCUGCCCUUUCUGCGCUACCCAGCUGUCCGGAGAUCAGAACUGUGUCAAACUUAUUUUUCAGGGUCCAAUUGACUGACGACACCAUUUUACAGAUGACCACGACAAAGCUCACAUGGUUAACAAUUUACUGUGAAGAUAAAAGAAUUUGCCACUAACUCUAGAUUUUACCUUUUUAUAGGAUUGUUAUUAAUGAGGGCUUUUCGGGGGCGGGUUGGGGGGAGAAACCAGCUGGGAGUAAUGUGGAGUGUGGUGAUACACUGAUACCUGGAACCAAACAGAUAUCAGUGGCAUUGCAUGCUCAAAAGAAGCAUGUUCAUGAUGACAUCUUCUUGGUAAAAUUGUAGUAUAUUUGUAAUAUUUUUUUCUUAGUACCCUUGAUCAGAAGAAGAAGAAAAAAAAGAUACCAAUGUCUUAAUGAUUUUUUAAUCUUGGAUUUUUUAACAGAAAUGCUUUUCUUCUAAACUUUGACAAGCCUUUAAGACACAUAUUUUUUCAAGCUAAAAGGAGCAUACAGAAUGUAAUUUGUCUGUCCUUUUCUCUCUCUCUCUCUCUCUCUCUUUUUAAUUUGCAAUAUAAUUAACUUGAAUAGUUCAUUCUCAAAGAGGAUGUACUGAAUGUGUGAGCAAACCUGGGUGAAUGUUCACUAGAUACAUGCAUUAAACAAGCCGUGAACACGAAAGGUUGGCUUCAUAAACAAUAGCACAAAAAUAUUAUGGAAUUCUGCAGUGUGGUGUUAAUGCAGCUGUCCAAAAAGAAAGAAAAAACACUCAAAAUUACUUGAAAUUUGGAGAUCGCUGUCACUUCACAUAUUAAUGUCUUUUUGACACAGAAGUUACCCUUGCAUGUUCUUCCUGUAUUUAGCAUUACGCGUGAAACAUAAUGUGGGAAGAUUUAAGAUACGGGUUAUCUGGUCCAACAGAUGUGUUAGGUCACGUUUUUUUAUGUGCAAAAAGAUUAGUUUGCUUCUGACUUUCCUGGGGCAGCGCAACUCUCUGACAGCCACUGUACUACCAUCCUGCCCUGCAUUUUAUAGAUUUCGCACCAACAUUAAGCUAAUUUGUGACCAACCUUGAGCCCCUUCAUACAUUGUCAUAGUGUUGCAAGAGCCACUUUUCUGUGACUUCAUCCUGUGCCCUUACUGUGUGUUUGAAUGACUUUGUUAUAUGGCUGUGCCGUGUUGUGCAUGCCUUUCCCACCAAGGCUGGUCUUGCCUAUAUGGCUCCAUCAUUUUCUGGUGUUGCUACAGCACCAGGGGUUGAAGCCAAUGAAAACUGGCUCCAUCACCAAUGUGGGAACACGGGGAUUUGUGAUAACAUGAAAACAGCUUUCAUGAAAACCCAGGGGUGGUAAGGCACAAUAUGCUAUCAGCCCUUUUCAGCUUUGCAUCUGAUGCAAUUUGUGUUACUUUUUACAUAUAUGCAGUUACAUUCGCCAUGUUCACAGUUUUCUGUCCGUUUCUAAUUCUGCCUUUUUUGGCUUUAUUGCCACUUGAUAUAGUUUCCCCUUGCAUGUCUUGGCCCUGUGAGCAAACUGACUUGUUAUAAAUCUAGUUAUUUAAGUGGCUGCUUUGCUACAUCAGCAAGAAGGUUUCAAUCUGCUCUCUUGCAAAACGUAAGACACGUUGGCCAUGAUGUGAUGGCUGGUUUUGGGAUACUCUUUGAGUCUUAAACAUGCGAGUCACCAAGAAUCCUCCUACAGAUGGUUAAAUAUUUGGUAGCUAUUUUGAAAUCAGUAAUUAAAAAUAAGCUGUUUUGCUGAGCUUCCUUCUAUGAUGCUGUCCAAUGUGCAAACAUCCUGCAAUAGUUUAACACAGUUUAUUAACUUUUCAGUUUGCCAUCUGUCCUCCCCACCCCCCUUUUCUUUAUUUUGAGAUUCAGAGACACACCAAAUGUUACUAUUAAAUACCCAGAAUUAAUUCAUCCCCUAUGUGGUUUGAAAUUCCUGGUUUGAAGUGGGUGGGUGGAGUUGUGGGAAAGGAGGCAACUCAGUGCUCAUUGUGAACUGACUGGGAUUUCAUGUACUAUAAUGCCCUUACCAUAUUCGCGUUUUCAUCUGCUUGGGGUAUUUUUAUGCUUCUCCAUCCCCCCCCCCACCACCGUAUUUGUGGUAUCAGAGGUAUUCGUUCUUCAAUGUUGACAUGAAAAAAGAACCCACAGGGAAAAAUUAAUUGCACAUCUGAAGUGAUUCUGGCAGUUUGGAUCUCCAUUUUGUUAAAUUCACAGCAACCCCUUGCUAUGUGUGUGCCCUUUGUAUAAAUAUAUAAUUUAUAUGAUUUUAAUAUAUUGUGUAUAUACUUGAACUGGCCUGUUCAUAUUUUGGAUGUAAUAUUGUUUUAUAGUUAACCUUUUAAACAUUUUCAGAUGUUCAUUGCCCACUGGGUGAUGGGGCAUGUUGUUUUUAUCUGCUGCUGUUUAAUACAAUUUUGCUGUAUAAAAAAAGUUCAGCAUUUUAAGUUGAUGCACCAAUUUCUUUUGUUUGGAAAGAUUUCACUCACUCUGCUGCAUUUUCUGUCAAAUGCCAUACUCCGUAGCUUGCCUGCCCCACUCAGUAGGUUGGGAAAUAGGGCCAAUUGUUUUAUAAACACUUUGUCCUAGUGCCUUUUUAAAAUGAGUGCUCCUCACCUUUGAUAUUCCUCAAGACAAAUGUGUAGCUCAAAUUCUGACGAUAACCCUGUUUUUGUGUCACGGUUUGUAACCCCAUCCUGAUCUUUUAUCAUAGGUGCCUCAGACCCCUCCUUUAUUCUGUCUGCUGCUCCCCAGGCUCUGUUAUCAAGAGGCCUUUUGCCGACUGGCAAAAUAUCAUAAAAUCAGAGUUUUGAAAUCUGCCUUGCUUGCCAACUUCAAGGGCAGACAAACACAGUAGUGAUGACUCAGGCCCUGCUCAGGUGUAGAAUAUUCCCACAAUUAGGUUUCCUUCCAUGUGUGAAUGUAUACCUAGAGAUUGUUCCCACUUCAGUUGUGGAUUACAUUGAAGCUACUCCAGACUCUUUCAAGAAGGAUCCAUUGGACAGUCCAACCUGUGAUUCUGAAUCCAUUUUUGUGACCUAGGUUCCGCACGGUGACAGGUGCACCUAGUGGGUGGAUUGCUAGUGGGCCGCUUUGAGAAACAAGAAGAACUGAUUUACUGUAACAUUAAUGUCAAAAGUGUUGGAUUCACCCCUGUUUUCAUUGCAUUUUUGUGAGAAAGAGAAUGAUGUUGGAACAGUUGGAAGAUUUCCCAGGUUUCCAUAAUGCUCAGGCUGUGUUCAGUAGCUCUGAAGCACUGACUUCUCUGUCAUGCUCAUUUCCAUAAAGUUUUCCGGUGUUCUGUAUAUCCAAAGAGUUGUCCAAAUUGCAUUGCUUUUCGCUCUUCCCGUAGUUCCUAUACUUCCUAGUUGAAGUUUAGAUUAUCCCAGACUUUACCGUGAAUGGCAAAACUAGUGUAUGAGAUCGCUGUUGUGCUGCCAUGAUUGUCAGUGUUUGAGAGCACAUUGAAUCUGGACCCAUGCUCCAAUGCUGAUUAGCACGAGAAACACUGAAGUCAGAGGAGUUAAGUUCUCUCUGAAACAAUCCAGAUUUUGUUGAACAAAGUCUCAUUGUGGCUAACACGAGCAAGUGAUACUGCUGACGUGUAGGGCAUAGGUAGACUUCACAAUUUUUUGCCAUUGAAAGCUUUCAUACCUCCAUGUUGUAAGACAUCUGACUGGUUUAGUAAACGAUAGUUUUACCUAUGUUGUGUGCAUCUGUCUCCAAAAGCAUCAUAACAAUAUGAAAUCUGGUUUUUUUCCCAUUGAACUGUUCUUGUUUAGCUGCUUCCAAACAAGCUUUGGCUAAACUCCAACUUCUGGCUCUAAACGUCUUUUCCUGCUGAUGCUUGUAUGUCUUUCUCACUAUUUCUAGGUAGAAAGUACAGGAGCAGUUAAUGUCUGUAGAGAGGAAGUUCAUUUUGAACUAUCAUAUUGCCUAAGAUUGAUUUAUGAUGGCUACACGUUCCAUGGAAGUUGGCUCUCCAGUUCUGGAUAACCCUUUUUGGUGCACCUGUUUUUAGAGAAUAGCCUAAUUUAGAAAAUCCAUAAUAACUUACUCUUCUAGCCCCUGCUCUCCUUUUUGCCCCAAAUUUGAUUUUAAAUGGGCGUGCCUUAACCAGUCAUAUCAACCCCAUGAUCCAGACAACUCUGGAAAAUAAUUUGAGCCCAGCAGCAACUUUGGUCCCUUAAAAAUUCAGUGAACAGUCCUAAAUUGUUCUUGAAAUGUAACUUUCCCUUGCAGAGAUCAGCAAACCAUUUCCCUUUAAAAUAAGCAAAACAAAAAACAAAAAUCCCUAUCGAUCCCAAGUUGCUUAUGCAAAUUUCUCCUUGGCUUCACUGAGAAGCUUGCUUGGGGGGAAAAAAGAGCAUUCAUUGUUUUGAGAGAGGUGGUUGCUUUGCAGCAAAGCAAGCAAGGAGUCUUGUGGCACCUUAAAGAAUAUCAAAUUUAUUGCGGCAUCAGCUUUCAGAGACUCAAACACACUUUGUCAGGCUUGAUGAGCCCAUGAAAGCUUAUGCCGCGAUAAAUUAACUGGUAUUUAAUUUGCCCAAGACUUUGUGUUGUUUAGAGCACUUUCUAGUUUUUGAUAGCUGUUGAUCUUGCUGGCGCAGAAGAUGCACGUGAUAAUUGUUUGAAGGGCAAUCUGGAAGGAAGAGCAAAGCAGAGCAGUGGGUAGUUGUGGAAUCUGAGUGAUUUGGGAUUUUAACCUAGCCAACCUGUGCUGUUUCUUGAUCAGAAUGGUGGUGGUGUUUAACUUUGUCAGAAAAGCCUAUUUCAGAGAAAGAAAAGCGAUCAAAGUACUUGAUCUGCUCUGAGCCAUAAACAGGAGGUGACUGAGGGGUGAGAUGGUCACCCAGAAGUUGUGAAAAGCAUUUAUUUUAUUUUAUUUUGCCACAUCUCUUCCCCAACAAUGGCAAUACCAUUUCAGUCUUGUUUCAGACCAUAGCACACAGGCUCUGAUGUAAGUUUCCAGAUACCUGCUGAGUACUGUCUUGAACAAGCAGUGGCUUUUCCCUCUGAUGCCCCCUGCCCAGCCUGAUCUUCAAGGUUCUUUCAACGAAGGUGCCAGCGAUGGAAUCUGAGAUUGUUUGCCUGCAAAGCCAUGCCUUUGCCAAUGAGCUAUGGAUUUUCCUGAGACUCCUAUGGUAGUUUGCCAUGUAUCUGAGAGAGAUUUCAGCAGCAAGCCCUCUGCAAACGCAUUUCAAGGCACACAUUUUUGACAUUCUCCUUGUGAACUCGGCACCUGGAUAAAAUUGUAGCAUGAUCCAACAAGUAAAAGUAUAUUUUUGCUAUGCUCUAAAUACAUUUCUUAAAAACAAAACAAAAACCCAAGCCCAAAUUUCAGAACUGCAUCUCAUUCCCAUGAGCCCACUGGGAAUGGGGGUAAUGGCAAUGUUUACUUCAAAAGUGUUACCAGCUGUUGAACGUUCUGAGUUAUGUUUGUGAAAGCUGGCCUUUUAUAUACAUCAAUGUGAAUGGAUAUUAACACAAUUUAACUGUUGUACGUUUUGGAAGUACAAGCCAUUUUACAGGAGGGGGGGAAUAAAAGGUAUUCGAGUAUUACCACCUGA